AUGGCACUAUCACUGAAGAUAAAUAUUGUGAAGAACAGUGCUAUCAAGACAUUACAGGUACACUGCAUUUCUCUGACUUUGACUUCAACUUGUUUAUUGAAAUGCAUCAUUAUCUUUUUUGUUUGUUUCAAUCAACUAUUCAAAAACCUUAAUUAGUUUAAAGCUAUUUGCAGGUUUAAGGUUUCCAGUACUUAGUGUUUUGUCUACGCACAGCUGUAAAUACAACAUAACAUUAGUCGGUCAUAAAGACAGUGUCUGAUUAACAACUGCAUCGCUCAAUGGAGAUUGGAGUGCCUGGGAUGUCCAUGUCUUCCACUGGUGGCCACCCAGCAAUCCCAUAGACUGAGUACCAUUGCUAUGGCUGGUAAUAAACCCUUCCAUGGUUGUUCUCAAGUUUUUAUAAAGAACAGUUAGGGAAUAUCUAUCAUCACUGCUUGAAUGAGUGUAGGAAACUUACCAAGUUUGAAGAUUAUGCAUCUAACGUGAGCGGAGAUAUUGUGACACAAAGUCGUAAAAUUUUACAGAUGUUUGUAUAGUUGGGGGCGCAAACUUGCCCCAGCCCGCACCCCCGCCCCCACUGCCACCAUACACACAUCCACAUCUUUGCAGAGCUUUAUCUUCAUUAGUUUUCAACAAAUGACUUUUAACCUUGGCAACUUUAAUUUCAAAGCAUUCUUUUUAGUGAAAUUGACAGAAUUGCGCUGACUGGUCACAGUCAAAGUUGAAAAAACCAUGGAAGGCCAUCUAUCCCCACAACCUCACCCGGAGCCUCUUGGCCCCCAUGCAAGGCCGCCAGCUAGGCACCUACAUGUACUUUGUUUGUUCAGUAACUAAAAUGGUUUUUUGUUGAGGUGUAUGUUGUUCCAAAAAAGAAUUGUUUCCAGUUCUGUCAGUGCAAGGAAAUGUAGCUGUUGUCUGAAAUAAUGAAUUUGCCUUCUAUUGAUUACCAGUUUAACCCAGAGGCUACUGUUGCUGAGGCAUUAAGGAUCAUAAGAGAAAGAGUACAUGAUGCUACACCUGGAAAAAGUAAGAAAAACAAACAUACAAUUUUUUUGUUUCCUUUUUCUCACUAAGUACAGUCUUGAAAUUUGCCAAGAGAGAUAAAGUCUAGAAAAAUGGUAAAAAGUCUUGUUUUUUUGCUAAGCUACAACAUUUUAUUGCUUUAUGAAUGAUUUUUUUUUUGUUUUGUUCAAAUCUUAUUCAAUCUUGGCCUCGUAUGUUUGCAGUGUAUCAUGAAAAAAGCUUUGCUUUGCUUUGCUUAAAGGUCUAUAUUGAUCAACUAUUUGAUAAACUUGAGUCUGGAAAAAUAAAUCAAUUUUUUUGGGAAAAGGUGUGGAAACAGUCUUGAAUGUUGGAUCCAAAAAUCUGUACGAACCCUGUACAGGUUAUUGCUUCACAAGUCCAAGACCAGCAUUCAUUAAAGUGUUUUUGAGGUCAAAAUUAAUUUCUAGAAUCAUUUAUCUCUACACUACAGCUGUACAAUGUAUAAUAUGCUGUGUGUAAAAUUCAUUCGUAGUUUAAACCAGUAUUUGUCUUAGUUUGAAAAGGGUUGAAUGAAUGAAUGAAAUUUUAUUUCAAUGGGGUGCAUAUUUACAGUGAAAGACUGUAGCCUCCCUUAUGGCCCUAUAAACAUGGAUAAGCAGGGCUCGAAAUUGGGACCGAUAUGGUCGCCAAUGCAACUAACAUUUUCUCCUUGGCGACCAAUAUUUCUGGUUCAGUCACCACUUUGGUGACCAGAUUUGUCUAUGAUUUAGAUUGAAAUUAAAAGAGUAAAGUUAAAACAAAUAUUUCAUCUUAUCUUGCUUUGCUUUUGUCUUAAAAAUUUGCCAAAUCGCAUAAACAAAGCCAGUUUACCUCCAAAUUUAUACCGACUUCUGUUCACAAUAUUUUCAAACAAUCAAAUGUGAUGGAUCGUGCCAUACUAUGAGCUGUGUCGUUUUACAUUAUACAAACUGGUGACUAAGAAGUUGCAUCUGGCCACUAUAUUUCUCCAGUUGAGGAUUUUUUAAUUUUGAGCCCUGGUAAGAUAAGUGAAGAAGUACAGAUCAGUGAGAGAAAGCACAUUGCUUUUGAUCUCUAUAAACAAGUGAAAGGAAAAGGAUUACAUGUACAUAUACAGUACAUUCAAGCUCUGUGAUGAGACUGUUGCACAAUGAUUUUGCAAUAACCAAACAAAAAUGCAGUGUCCUUACCAGGAUUUUUUAUGCUGGGGUCCACAGGACCUAUAGGAAAUAUAAAAGGGGGUCAUGAGGGACAAAAGCAGGUUACAAUUUUUAGAGUCAGCUAACUCAAUGUUUUCACAGGUCUGAAUUAGAGUGAAUACCUUGUACUUUCUUAGAUAAUGAUGGGUCUUUUCUUAAGAUGCCAUAACCAAUUAAUUUUGGCUUACAAUAGAACCUCCUUUAACUCAAACUCUGAAGGAAAACAUAAAACAGUUUGAGUCGGCGGGGGUUCGAGUUAUUGUGGUCGACAGGUUGUCAGAUUUGCCAUCUUGAUAAUUAAUAGUUACUGAUUUUUCAGCACUUCAGUGUAUGGUACAUCGCUAAUUUAACUUACAAAUUUCGUCAGAAAUGGUAGCAUGAUUAUCCUUUUUUUGAUAAAACGGGAUCUGUUUGUUGCACGAUCAAACUGCCGUAGUGGUUUUACUGUUUUACAACAAGAAGAGCUAAUGAAAUGGCAUCCGAGGGGAGUUAAAGAAUUUGAGUUAUCGUGGUAAAUUCAGUGAAUUUUUUUUCAAGGAAGAGUUAGCAAGGAAUUAGAGUUUUCUUCCUGAGUUCCAGUCAACUGAGUAAAGAUGAUUGAAAGUUGGGGUGAAAUUCCAAGGAAAUUGGACUUUGUUUUGAGUUAGCAGGGAGUUUGAGUUAUCCGAGUUCCAGUUAUCAAGGUGUAUAUUAUAAGGAAAUGUACAUAUGUGUACAUAUGUUUAGGUAUGUUUUGUAAUAAGUAUUUUUCCUUCUUUGCGCCCUUGAGACCCCUUGGCUACAUGUACCGGUAUUUAUAGUGCAGCAUUUCCUGAAAAAGUGCGAUAAUGCUGCAAUGCCGUGGUCUGGUAAGAACACUGAGCAUGUACAUCAUUAAAAUAAUAAUUAUCUGACAGUAUUAAAGCAAAAUGUUCACUAAAAUAUUCUGAAAAUAUUAACCAUCAACUCAGACAUGAUUUUGCACUCGGCUAUACAGCUGUAAAAUGAUACUUGCUACUGGGCUACCUCAGAAUUGACAUCCUAGCUAACCCACAAACUUGUUUUUAAUAAGUACAUCUGAAUACUGUAGCUGCAGUUAAGAUCAUAUGUACAUGUGAUUAUUAUUUUGUAGUAUCAGAGUAUGGCUUGUUUUGGCAAGAUGAUGACCCAUCAAAAGGAAAAUGGUUAGAACCUGCAAGAGCACUCAACUUUUAUCCACUCAAGUCUGGUGUAAGUACACUGUAACAAAAUGCUAACCACCAUGUCUUUUCCUUCAGAAAAGCCACUCUUAGUUAUUGUGAACACCAGAAAUAGUUAUUUCAGCAAUUUUAUUGUCUGAAAAGAGAAAGCCAAUCAGGCCAGAGAAAUCUUACUGCAACAAGCAACAGUAAUUAGGUUAUGGUUUUGUUGCUUACUUGCAUGUCCUGAACUUUGAUGUUAUUGGUCAAAACACAAUAAAUAUAUUCCUAAAAUAUUUUAGGUGUUCAUGUUUCUCUGAUUUUGACAGUAAACCAUUGUAUAGUUUACCGCUAAACUGGUUAAGCAUUUUUAAUUAAAGGGACACAGUCAGCUGGCAUGAUGCACCUGUGCAUUAGAUACUAUUUCUUAGCUGAUUUGCACAUCAUAAGAUACCUGAUCCAUACUGUUUUCACCAAAUAUGAUAAAGUAAUAUCAUAGGAUGAGAAAAAGAAUACUCUGGAAGAAGUUUUUCUGUAAAAUAUAGAAGAUGGAAUGCAAAACUAAUUAAAAUGGAUUUCCAGAUGUAUAUGUAUCUGACAAGUACCUUUGAUUUUGGGUUGAGAUAAACACUUUUCAAAGUGGCAAAACUAGUGUCCAGGUCAGCCCCGUUCCAAAGCCGACUGAAUAUAUGAAAAUACUAUAAAUCAAAUCUCAUACUCAUAGUUGUUCUCGUCCUUGAGUCUUAAAGUCUCUAUUGUACAAGUUCAGAUAGGUAGCAAUGAUUUUCUUUGUUUUCAGGACAUGCUUGAAUACAAGACCAAAGUAAGACAUCUCAAAAUAAAAUUUAUGGAUGGGUCUGUGAAAACAUUGCAGGUAAUUAAGUUGUUUCUAUUGUAUACACUCAGCUAUUAUUAGAUCUUCAUGUUCAAUUUCUGUAGCUGUAAAUUGUGUUAAAAUAAUUUCACUAGAAACAUGUCUCAAGAGAGGCCAUAUGACUGAAUUAGGAGAUCUGUCUCUCAAUCAGUGAUUUUGUCACAAAUAGUUAUGGUGAGUUCUGCAUGGGACUCAUCUUGAGAAAAAUCAUAGGUUCAAGCCUAGAUCCAUUGAGUCCCAGAUCAAAAAACAAUGACUCCUAUAUUGAAAAUGCUUAGGCCUUUAUGUAACGAGACAGUUAAUCUGAAGAGAGACUCCAAAACUCUGUAAUUUACAGUUUACUGGAAUAAAAAUAUAGUCCUUCUAUUGUGAAGCAACAAAGACUAAAAUAAAUAUGUGUUGUUAAACAACAGCCACAAGAACAGCCACAGAAAUGCACGCAAAUAGGAUAUUCUAUGAAACAUGUUCAGAUCGAUCGAUCAAUUUUUGCAUCCCAUGGGAUGCGUCUUUGGAGAUUUUUAUGUGUCAGGUACACAGAGGUUACAAAAUCACUUCUCAAUGCACAAUUUUUGGAUAAAAUGACAUAAGGUGAAAGUGUCUUUCAAGAGCCUGAUCUGGGUCAGAUAGUGGCAGUGUGCAAAGAAAGUUGGUUUCACACUUGCCAUUUGAGCAAGCUAUAGCUAGCAUGGACUAGCCCAAAAGUCAUUUUAACUAAGCCUGAAAAAAUUUGUUGAUGAGCAGGAUUCCAACUGAUUACAGUUCUUCUUUAAUUUGAAUUCCCCAAAGAACCUCUGAUCACUUGCCUGUUGGGCAAGUCAAGAACAGAAUUCACUAGUCUGCUAGCAAAAUCCACUAACCUCAGGCUAUCAGACCCGCCUUUCUUUGCAUGCUGAGUGGUCCUUGCUCAGCAAGUUAAUUUUGAAGACAUACUGCCCUAUUUUGUACAUGUAUAUAAAACUUAAACAUUGUAGUCAGUGAAAAUGCAGUGGUGAGUUAAUAAUAAAUUUUGUUUUUUUUUUAAUGUAGAUUGAUGACAGUCACAAUGUUGGUCAGAUUUUAGACUCUGUUUGUAUGAAAAUGGGUAUGUCUAGUGUUUGUGCUGCCAAGGAGGCAAAUUACUAUAGUUAAACUCCACUGUUAAACCCUUUAACCGGCAGCCGCAAUAAGACAUGUAUGUAUGUAUGUAUGCAUUCCUGCGAGGAUUACCAAACAGCCUUUAUUUGAGUUUUCCGUAAUCAGGGAUCCAUAUUAUGCAGCUGAGUGGUCAUCCUUGACAACUUAAAAUUUGUACUGAUGAGUGAGACUCCACCUAGCUUGGAGCACUGCAAAGUCUCCUUGUUCCUUUUAGGCAAUAGCUACUCAGCUGUAUAGGAUAAAACACAGACUAAAAUAUACCACAGAGGUAUUAACAUCAAGAAUAACAAGUGUGCAAUGUCUGACUUUUGUGAUGUCCUUACAGUGUGUGGUUGUUGUUCUCUUAGGUAUCACAAAUGUUGAAGAAUUCUCAUUGCUAGUUGAAGGACAAAAAGAAGAGAAAGAAGAAGUAGAAAAAACAGGAACACUCAAGCGGGUUUGUAUACAUGAACAAGUCAUAAGAUAUUUCUGAACUAGCACAGCUGUUGUAACUAACAAUUUACUUCGUAGAGUUUGAACAAAACGCAUUAAUACUGGAACAGGUGGACCGCGAAUUCAGACAUAUGCACAACAUCUUAUUGUAGCACCAGGCCAGGCAUUACCGACUUACUGUACAUGUAGGUCACAUGGUCUUGUUUGUCAAAUCAAAAAGGUGAACUCACAUGGUUCUUCCUUUCCCUUCUCAUUGCUAAGUUCAUUGUUUGUGCAUUACAGUUAUGCAACUAAAUGAACUUUCAUUGAUAGGCUUUCUGGGGAUGUUUCAUUCUUUUCAGUUGACAGACAAUGCCGUUUUUUGACUUAGCUUAUGAAAAGCUCAUGAGUGUGACCUUUUGAGUUCAUCUUUGGGAGUGACCUAAGUUGUCAACUUUUGGCAUCAAAAUCAACUGUUAUUCUGAUCUUUGAAUUGUGGUCUAUCUGUUUUGGUACUGUGUAGAACCAAGUGUUCAGAGCAAGUUACUUUUUAAAGGCUGUGCUCUAAGAAAAACUUGAAGAAGCCCAGUGCUCUGAACCUGUGAAUUCCAGGGUGCCCUGCUGGACAUAACUAUGAUUUCUAUGAGAAAACUAAGAUUUUCUAGCACUUGGCAUAGGAGCAAUAGUUAGGUGCCUGAGGGUGACUGGGAACUGGUAGGACACAACCAGUUGUUUUUUAUUCCACCUUUCCACCAUUUUACAAUAAUAAAUUAUAAGGAAAGGAGAACACGCAAAUUUAUUGUUCCACAGUGUUGCACACAGCUCUAGAAAGCUGCUUUAUUGCACCAUAAAUUCCUGAUGUUAUAAAAAUAUGGUAAAACACUCUAACCCAUAUUAUUAUAAAAAUUAUUUUUUUAUAAAGCAUGACAAGUCUGUUAAAGAUGUAUCACUAAAAAAGAUGGAAGAGAGAGAUAAGAAAAAGAUGGACCAGCUCAAGAAAAAACUCCACACAGACGAUGAAGGUUUGAUUUAUGGUUUUUCCAUUUGUACUGGGCGUAAACAGUUUGUUAUAAUAAUAAUAAUUUAAACAUAUUUAUACAGGAUUGCUGCAUCAGUUUUAAGAAAAAACUGCUAUCAGUGCAGGUCCUGUAAAAAAUAAAAAAUAAAAAAAAAGAUUAAAAAUAUCGAUAAAGAUCAAAUUACAAUAUUAUAAAAUAGUUACAAAUGAGUGUUCAUAUUUAUUUAUUGUUUUGAGAUUGGAAAUUGGUCUUUUAUGUUUCAGUUGCGGGGCGUGCUGAAAAGGAAACCUGUUUAUUUCAAAAUUAAAAUUAUUUUUUUUUGAGAUUUACAUGUUUAACCAAAGCGAGAGAUUGCAAACUGAAAGCUAAGGAAGCAAUGUGAAGAUUUUGUUUGCAAGUGCUAUGAAAAAGUAGCUAUGACUGCCCUUCACACACCUGUCUUUUCAGCUUUUUAAUUUAUAAUAUUAUUCAAUCAGCGAGUUAAAAUUUAGUACAGUUAAAAUCAAUUGUAACAGUAAUUGUAGUGGAACCUCUAUUCAGGGAACACCCUUGAACCAAGGCAAGUGUUCCCAGAAUAGAAGGGUCCCCUGACUGGAGGCUGGGCUGGGUGUGUUAAUAAUUAACCAGCAAAUGAUAUAAUUUAAAUAGGGCUGAAAAAGGCACCUGCUCUCGCAUGCUACGGAAUCUGCUACAGUCAUUAUUUGCAGCAGCUAGAUAAUGUAUAGAAAUCAUAAUCAACUUAACCCUGCGAUAUUGUGUGUUGAAUUCACACAAGUGCAGUACAUUGUUUGAAGUGAGUUGAUUCAUUUUUUUGAAAGCUGUCGCCAUUGUAACAAGUGAGCACUUAAACUUAUUGACAAUUUUUGUGGUCAGUCACUUUUUGAUUGCUAAGGUGUCCCCUGAAUGGAGGUUAAACCCAGGUUUUGGGAUCCAGACAGACAGAUAGAGUGUCCCUUUCCCCGGAGUAGAGGUGUCCCUUCAAUAGAGGUUAUGUGAACAUUUUUCUGCGACCAAAUUUUGGGUCCCCUGAAUGGAGGUGUCCCUUGAAUAGAGGUGUCCCAAAGAGUGUAAUACUAACCCAGUGAAAAUUAAUAUACACAGUUUGCUCUCAUGUGAGUAGACUUCUGCACAUAAGGUAUUCUGAAAAAUUCAUGUAUUAACACACUUUCAUAAUCUGUUUUUGUUUGUUUUCUAGUUCACUGGCUUGACCAUGAUAAGACGCUUAGAGAACAAGGAGUUGAUGAUUUGUGCACAGUUUUGUUGAGGUGGGCAGUUCAUUAUCUUCUUCUUUACUGUAGUUUGAUUUCUGUUACUUAACCCCCGAGCCUUGAAUAUAUCAGCAAUAAGUAUUUUCUAUCCUUGUCGUAUGAGUUUAAAACAUGUAGUAACUUACAUUCAUUGUUACUGAAAUGAGGAGGCGGCAUGGCCGAGUGGUUAGAGCACUGGACUUGUGAUUCAGAGGUCUGCUAGGACACGCUUGUAAAAUAACUGACUGGUGUGCUUCUCAUCAUUUGGAAUUUUGUAACCUUGUUACAUGUACUUACAGCUGUAUGUUGCAUUUGAAUAAUUCAAAUGCAACAUGUACGUGUAACAAGGUUACAAAAUUCCAACUGGAGCUAUAUCUACAGUAGUACUCAAAUUUUUUUUAUAAUUUUUCCUUUUUUUGUUUUCAUUUAUUAGACGGAAGUACUUUUACUCAGAUCAGAAUGUCGAUAUUAAGGACCCAGUCCAGCUUGGCCUGCUCUUUGUUCAGGUAAAGUAUUAGAAUAAUGUUCUUCCAUCAUGAUUAAAUGCUGGGAUGUUGCUAAGAGCCAGCUGCAGAGUAAUUUCACCGGCUGAAAAAGAGCUUACCACCAGAUCAAAUUUUCUGGAAAACAAAUACAUGGGGUAAUUUGAAGAAGCAGCUGAGUUAAAAAAAGAAGCUGGCUUAACAAAGAAAAAACCCUGCUUAGCUUUUCCUUAGCUACAGUGUGCAUUCUUGUAAAUGAUGAGUCAUUUUCUCCCUUCAACUACUUUUUACUGCCUGACUCUAAAUUCAUGUACUUUUUAAAAGGACAGGAAAUAACUCUGCUUUUAUGUUAAGGAAUCUGAGAAAUGGCAAAUAUUGCAUUGGGUGAUCAAAAGGUGCGUUUUUUUUUAAAUUUAUAGUGUAGAGAUGGUAUCUUAGAUGGAACCCAUCCUUGCACCCAAGAAGAAGCAAUUCAGGUACUAUAAUUUUAUAAUAAGAUUAUUUCAAGGGAGCUCCAUGCCAAACAUCUGUGCAAAAAAGAACUGAGGAGGCAAGGGAAUGUUUCUGCAUGGAGUCUGUCGAUAUAGCUUAUUCUACAGACAAUGUAACUAAAGAAAGGUGCAAUUGUAGCCCUAAGGCCAAAUUCAUAAAACCCUUCAAAGUAAAGGUAUAUCAUAAGUACUGUUUGUUGGCAAUAGAGUGGUUUUCGUUUGAGUGUCGUAAAACCAAAACCAAAGUAAUUACUCUGGCCAAUCACAUAGGACACAGACAAUACAUUGAGCCAAUCAAAACUCGAAGUAAUUACAUGUGGCUGACGCAAAGCGCAGCAAAGCGCGGGAAAAUGCAUGCGAGCGCGUCACAAUUGGCUUUGGUUUUACUUCUGAUUGGAUGAAAAGGUGGCGCGAAUCUUUUAAGCCAAUCGCAUCGUGUAGAAAGUGCAAAACCAAUUACUUUUCAACACUCAAAUGAAAACCGCUCUAAUCUGGUGUCAUGAUCAUAAUUAUGAUUUCCAGCAUGGUUAGCUCAAGUAAUAGGGUACCAGACUGUGGGAUGGUGGGCCUGUGCUUGAUGCCUGGCCAGACCAACACUCAGGGUAUUUACAUAACAAAGAAGGAAAUGCCCCCUUUGCUGUGAUUGACUGUUAGACUUUUUCGUCUUCUUGGAUGCUAAUUAGUAUUACUUCUGACAGUAAAGGGUGACAGGGUGAACUUCAAAUCAAGGCACAAAAAAUACCAGUUCUCAACCAACUGAUCGUGGCAUUAAUACAGAGAAAAGUUUGAUUAAGAACUCAUCAUAACUUCACCUUUCUGACACAAGUUACAUUAAUUUUUUUGUUCAUCAACACAUUUUUUUAAAAAAGCUAUUGUCUUUUGCUAUACCCAUCAUAUUUUUCUAUCUCAGCUAGCAGCUAUCCAGAUUCAAGUUCAAUUUGGUGACUUUGAAGACGCCAAGUAUAAGUUCAUUGAGUAAGUGUUUUGAUUUAAAACUUGUUAUGAGUUAAAAAUAAUAGUAAAUCAAAUAUCAAACAUUAGAGACAAACACGAGUUUGUUGGAUGACAAUCCAUAUUGAACUCAGAACUAUUUUUCUCUCUGGAAGAUUGAGGAAAACAGUGAGCCCUUCUAAAAGGGCAUUUAAGCUAUAGGGAGCAGUAGGGGAUAUGUUGGCAUUGGUAGCAAACUCAAAAAUAAGACAAAUCCCUGUCAACUCUUAUAAGUCUUAGGGCUGUUAAUAAGGGCCAGGAACUGAGGAUUUCCUUUUGAUGCUAUGAAUGUGAUGCCAAGCUACGUUCAGAGUGGCGGGUCCAGGGGAGGGGCCAGGGGGCCCACCCCCUUAUUUUUAGACCAAAAGGAAAAAAAAAAUGAAAGGCCUGCCCUUCUCCCCCCCCCAUCUCAGGGUCUGAAUCCGCCACUGAUUCAUACAUUUAAAAUGAAGGAAAGUGGAAGGAGAAUAGAACCAAAAGAAAUCCUUAAGCUGUUUGAUUCCCCUCUCCUACCUUAUUAGUACUUAUUUUCGCAAGUCUUUAAUUUCGCAUUUCUUGUGAUUUUAAAAAAAUUGCCAUUUCAUUAAAGGUCCGCAAAUAAAAAUCCUUGCAAAAUUUAAACAAACCAGAUUUCAUACACAUAUUAAAAACUCAAAUCCCGGAAAAAAGGAUUCACAUGAUAAGUGUUGACAAACAGAUCUCUCUCUAUCCCGGACUAUCGGCCGGGACUUCCUUUGAACCCUGAUACAUUUACUUAUAAUUAUAUAGCUUUGGUCUUUUGUUUUAGUCUUUAGUGUCUUUUUAGCCUCAUAGUUUUUUGUUGAAAAUGUUAUCAGGUCACUGGAAAAACAGUAUUUUUUUUUAAAGUUAUACUGUUAUUUAAGCCUUGAUUAAUUGAUUUUGACUGAUUGAUUGAGCCCAGAGAAAAAGACCCAUUUGGAGUUAAGAAUGAGAAACAAUGCACAAUAAUGAACUCAAGCUUUGUUUUCCAGGUUUUGCCUUCUAAGCAACACCGGAGAGAGACAGUUGCUGUCUCAAUGAAUUUACUCCAUCAUCCCCACUUAUCUUCAUAAAUACACUGAUGUUACAUUCAUGAAAGACCUCUGUACUGUAGUAGUGCUAAGUAGAGUCCAUUGUAAAAGGAAGCAAAAUCAAAAAAUAAAACAAUUUCAUUUUAAAGUUGAUAUCACCUUUAAGUUUUUAAAACUCCUUUAUUAUACUUUUGUCUUUAAAGCUUAAAGGAAUUUCUUCCCAAGGAAUAUGUCAAAUCUAAGAGUAUAGACAAGAAAAUUAAAGAGGUAAGACUUUUUUUUAGAAAGCCCUAUCUUCUGAAAGUGACAGCCAGGAGAGAAAUGUCAUUGCAAAGUUUAAGUAUUGUUUCAGCAUAUUAAGCCAGUGGGCACUGAAUCUACCAACAAGAACUUUUGCUUUAUUGCUUUUUUGACAAUUUCUAUAAGAUUUUUUUUCUAAAUGUUUGAUACAUGUACCUUUGUAUGUUUUGUUUUUUUAUCAUAGGAACACAAGAAGGUGUCUGGUCAUGAUGAGCUGCAGGCAAAGUACAGAUAUGUUCAACUUUGUAGGGGGUUGAAGACGUAUGGAGUGACAUUCUUUCUUGUGAAGGCAAGUUAUCAAAUCAGUAUUAUUGUAUAGAAUAUAUACAUUUAUGUUUUUGAGUUCCACAUGUAUUAUGUAUUUUCAUUGGUUUCUUAGUGUAAAGUUCAACCUCCAUGUGUGACCACUUCUCUCUAGCGAAUUCCUCCCAUAAGCAACCACUAAAAAAAAAACACCAACCUUUUCCUGGUCAAAGCCCUACACUUAGAACUCCUCAUAAAUGACCACCUCCUGUAAGCGACUGGAACCAUUUUUAGGGCUGAUAGUUUUAUAAUUUUCUAUUUUCUUAAACCUCUUGCAAGUGACCACUUAUUUAAGGCAUGGUCUGAGCUCUAUGUUCGCCGUGUGUACUAUGCUACAUAUAUCGUAACUGAGAAAUUGCUUGCAAGAAAUUAUCUUCCAUAAACUAGAUGUGUCUGGAUGUCUUCUUGGAAGAGACCUCUGGUGGAUCUUUUCUUUCUUUCUUUUUUUAGAAGGUUUAAAGGCUUGUUUAAAGGGGAAAGUGAACUUAGCUUGAUCCAGCUAGUUUACUGGCAUUCCACUCAAAUUUUUAGAAACAAAUAAUUCAAAUACAAAAUAACAGGAUUAAAACCCCAACUGGUGGGAGGCAACCAGUUGGCUAUUUGCAAUGGUGGUCGAGGAUUUGAACUUGGGACGUCUGAGAACAAAUCCAGAAAGUGUUCAGAGCGGGGCUCGAAGCCGGAACCGCCAGAUUGUGAUUCAAUGCACUCAUCCCUCAGCCAGGCUGCCUCCUUCAAUAGAGUUUUAUUAAAUACUCAACAGCGUAAUGAUACUAACGUUACAUGGCAUUGCCUAUCAUUACAUUAUGAUAUAUUACACUAUAAACACUAAUACAAGAGUAACCACAUGUCUACACACCUUUAUACCUCUUAUUUCAAGGAGAGAUAUUAAAAAAUACUAGUAGAAAGUCCCAUAAAACUGGCGCAUUUAAAUAUAUUUAUGUAGACAUUUGCGCCUUAUAAGUUUAAUUAAUUAAAUGAAGUAAUAAAUUCUGAUGUUGUUGUUUUUAUUGCUGACAGGAGAAAAUGAAAGGCAAAAAUAAACUGGUUCCCAGGCUGCUGGGCGUGACAAAAGAAAGCAUUUUAAGAGUGGAUGAAAAAACAAAGGAGGUCAGUGUCUAGUUAACUCUUUGUGCUCCAAUAGCAUCCAAAAUCAAUUUUCUCCUAACGAUAUCCAUAGAUUGUCAAGUGCAAAGUCUAUGAGAAUUAAUAAAAUGAUCACCAAGAGAAAAAUCUUUGAUCUUUUAUCAAAUUCUCUCAACUAAUUCUUUAAGGAAAUGUAUGGAGAUCAGUUUGGAGAAUUUGUAUGUGGAUAUUAGGGCUUAAUGGGUUAAUAGGGAGCUUCAGUAUUGAUGAAGGUGAAAGCACAGUGUUCUUUGAAAAUACAGUGGAAUCCCUUUUGACUACUUGAUUUUUCAAAACUCCUGAUUUUUUUUUUAAACCAAAAGUUGUUUCUCUUUGAUUUUCUUCGGUCAGACACUGUUAUUUUACCCCUGAUUCUUCAAACCCUCAAUUUUUUCAAAACUUCAAGAUAUUUUGAACCAAUUCUGUUUCCUUUCAAAAAUUUACAUUUGAUUUCUCAAAAAGUUUGAAAAUUCAGGAACCAACAAAAACCUGUUUAGCCACAUGCACUACUGUGCAAAUUAGUCAUUUUUGAAAGAGUCACCAAGAAGCUACAGCGCUGUUGUUGCACAAUCAAGAAUCAUUUAAGAUUUUGUAGAGAAGAGUUUCCACGUUGAAAAGAUGAGCUUAUCACCUGUUAUUUCGGCUGAGUGAAGAAAGAAAAGUUUUGAAGUAGACGGCUGAGUUGUCAAAGUAAGGGGCCAGCUAGUCCAGGGAUAUUUUAUUUAAAAAACACCAUCUGUAAAGAAAUGCCAAGUAGAGUAACCGGGCAAUACUAAUCAAGUAGGCUGCGAUUUUCGCCGGCAGCUGGCUACUUUUGACAACCCUGUCUGCAGCCUGCUUGUUUCUCAUACACUGAAGACAGUACCAUGUGUAGUAAAACAGGUGUGAUUCACUACCACCUUCGAUUUUUCGAAUUCCUGAUUUUUCGAACCAAUUUCCAUUUCCCUUGGAGCAGGGUGCAAAGAAAAUCAUUUUUACAGCUUGCCAUUCGGGCAAGCUGAAGCUAGCUUUUACUAGCCCAGACGUCAUUUCAACUAGCCCCAAAAACGUUUUGUUCUUCUGUUAUUCAAAUUCCUCAUAAAACAUCAUUAGCCCAUCGGGCAAGUUAAAAACAGAAUUCACUAGCCCGAUAGCAAAAUCCACUAGCCCCGGGCUGUCGGACAGUACUUUCUUUGCACGCUGUGGAGGUUAGAAAAAUCUGGAUUCCACAGUAUUUAUAUUGAGUUAUGCAAGGAACGGUGCAGUUAUUUCUUUAGAACUGCCAUUUACAGUUGGAAUGAUUUGUUGUGUUGACCUUCAGGUGAUGAAGACAUGGCCACUGACAACUGUCCGACGCUGGGCAGCAUCUCCAAACAGUUUUACUCUGGUAGGUUUUUUCCAGACUAGUUUCUUUCUUUUGACAUUGCUGAGCUGACUAGACAUGUUGACAAUUGUUUGUUCUCCGAAACACGGUGAUGAUUGUUUAUUUAAAUUAUUUUUUAACAGGACUUUGGUGAUUACUUGGAGUCAUAUUACUCAGUACAGACCAAUGAAGGAGAAAAGAUCUCUCAGCUUAUUGCUGGAUACAUCGAUAUUAUAUUGAAAAAGGUGAGAAGUAAUACUAUGUGCCUCGCGAAUGCUUCCUUCUUCUGGAACUAAUUUUCACAGUUAUUAAAGUUUAUCAGUUGUUGCUCUUAGUUUAUUAAGAAAAAAUGUAUUCAAGGUAGUUGUCUCUGUGAUUUGUCACAGUCCAAUCAAAGAACACAAUACAUUAUUUAUUGUAUUAGUCAUUACUAAGGCCAGAUUACAUUUGUCUUCAUGAAAGUGAAGUUCGGAACAAAUAAAAUUGUUUCAUUGCAGUCAUAGACGCAACUUAUGCAGUUGUCAAAUGAAAGCCUGAAUAAGUUCACACUUGCCAGGAUUCCAUCCCUGGCCCCUGCAGUACUGAUGCAGCGCUCUAGCCAAUUUAGCUAGCAAGCCAGUUGUAACUGGGAGAAGUCGUUAAACUGGUUUGUAAUAUUCCAAAGGUCUCCCCACGAGAAAAAUCCCUUAGUUGUUUUUUCAUCUUCAUCAUUCUGGGGGCCAUAUGAAUUUUAUAUAUCCUGUAAUUAUUGGAACCACAGAAUGAAGAAAAAUAUGCAGAGAAGAUUAUUGCAGUUCAAGAUGCAACUUAUAUAUCAUUUUAAAAUUGUUUCAGUGGGACAACACAGCUGGGUAUAAUAAAUGUACAGUCGACUCUCUCUUAACGGACACCUCUAUAAGACGGACACCUAGAGUUGGUCCUUGCCUUUCUUUUCUCCCCUUAUUUGACUCUCUAUAAGACAGAUACCUCUCUAAGAUGGGCGCUUAGUGCUGGUCCCAAAGGUGUCGGUCUUAGAGAGAGUUGACUGUACAUCCAUGAAGGUUCUUGAUUCAAUUUUGCCAUGUUAAAUACUGGCACAACAGCAGGACACAAAAAAUUCAUUGCCUUUCAUGCAUUAUCCUUCAUGCGUUGUGUAAAACCAAUUUUAAACCAAUUAAAUUUUGUUUAUCUUUUUUUUGCUUGCAGAGAAAAGGUCAAGAAGGUUUUGAUCCAGACUUUGAUGAAGAGUCAACAAUGGUGGAAGAUUCUGUGACCCCAUCAAAGUAAGCAUAGUCUCAUUUCACAGACUGCAUAAUGACAGGGCCAGAGAACAAUAAUAAUGAUUAUUUUUGUAUGUUAUUUUUUAGUUAAUGCAGAACCCUGCUCUUCAUAUUGGAGAUCGUUAACAUCUGAUGCCUGAGAUUGACUUUCUACAUACAUGUGUAGUUCUCAUAUAUCUUUUUUCGCUUUUUGUUUAUUUUUGUUUAUCAAUAAUUAUAAUUUGUUUACUGUUUAUGUAAGCUUAUGUCACUCAUGAUUUUGAUUUGAUUCAAGUAUACAUGCAGGGUUUGUCAGUCAACGCUAUCACCUUUCAACUUUAUUUUGCAUGAAAACAGUAUUUCACAAAGGCUAGUCGAGUUGGGUCAGUUCUUAAUCAUUAUUUUUUUAUAAUUAUAUGAUAGAUGAACAAAAUACAGGCCCCCCUAGCUCGGCUGACGCUCAAUAUCGGGAAUAUCAACUGAGUUUGUUUGAAACUUAAUAGUUUGUUUAAUACUUUUGACUGUGUAUACUAGGGGUACAUAUCUUGAACGUCAAACUAACAAGGUUGGCCAUGCUGCUACUGGAUCAGUUGCUUUACCAGCUGUUAUGCGAGCCGGAGGUCCAGGUACAUCAUUUUUUGGCUUUUAUGAUCAGUUUUUCAAUAAUUUCUCUUAUUAAUUCUUUAGUCCGUUUGUCUGUCCUCUUGUCCUUCCACUUUUUGCUCAUUUGUUUAUUCGUUAAUUAUUUGCCAAGACACACAUUUAUUUGCAAAGAGGUACAAAUAAUUUUUAUAAAGAAAAUCAGUAAAGAAAGUACAUGGUGAAGAAACCUGAGAGAAACCAUGGGGCUUUAUAAAGAGUCAAAUUUCCUCAGAGGACUUAAAAAAGUGAGCCUAAUGCAACAAUAUGGGCCAGCUAAAGAAAAAGAAGCUUUAAACGCGAAAAAAAAAAAAAUAGAUGUAAGUUUACAGCCGUAUUAAUAUUAUUUUAGUUAAUAAUAAAAGAACAGGUCUGCACUUUGGUAUACUAAUUGCUGUAAUUUGUUUUGUCUGUCUGUUGAUGUUUUUGUUUUUUAGGAGCUUCAAGAUACAGUGUGGGUAAGAUGGAGCCGGCACAGUAUGGAACAGUCACAGGAUCAGCUCAUUCUGCCCACAGGCCACCCAUGGUUAGUGUUAAUUUGAGACACUGAGUGCAUAAGUGUACAUCAUUAUUAUUUAUUUAUUUAUUUAUUUUUAUUAUAUUUUGUAAUUGAUUAAUUGAAUUUGCAUGGUUUCAGUUUUGUAGAAGGUGAUUAACUUGUUAAUGCUUGUUAAAAUAAUUCUUAGAAGUAAGGUUAGGUUAUGUAGGUUGUAUGUUUAUCGCUGUACAAUGUGGUCUCAUGCAACUCAUACUGUGCUAUUGUAUUCACAGGAAUUCAAAUCUUUCCGUUCAUAAAUAAACAAAUUAUUUAAUGCCUUGUAAACAAGGGUUAGACUUGUAAUCUGCGAGUUCAAGUUGUGGCCUGACUACUUGGUGGUUUUGAUUUGGCUCAUCUCAAGUUCAAAUCCUUUAGCCACACUUGUACUGUACUAGUUUCAAUUCUUUUAUGUUGAGUUUCAUUUGAAUUAUUUGUUUCAUUUUCCCGUAAAAGCCCUUUGAGGGAAGAGGAUAAUUUAGCAUUUAUAUACUUUUUUAUUUAUUCACUGGUUUGUAAUGAAAUAACAUUAAUUUUGUGCAGAUUAUUAAUUGCUGAAUGUUGCAUUAUUUGUUUUUCCUCAGGGCUCUCAAGCUAAGCUGCAUAGUCUUACUCCUGCACAGAAGGCCUACAUGGGUAGCUUGAGUCAAGGCUUGGACACCAUUGAAUCUGCAGAGAAGGAUCUGGGGACUCCUGCUCAAAUCCCAGCUCUCGGAUCUGAUCCAGUAAGUCCUUGCUAUCUACUCUGGAGGAGAUUACUACUGGGUGAUAAUCUGUAGCAUCCAUGAUUGACAUUGUUAUAUAUAUAGAGGAUAUUACAUGGCGGAGCAAAGAUAAGAAUUUUAUUUUCAAGUAGCAAAACAAUAUUUUAUGAAUGAAUGCAGCGAGUGUGUAAAAUAUUGUUUUUGCCACGAGAAUAUAAAAUUUAUAUCUUCAAGCCGCCGUGUAAUGUUCUUUUUGUUAUAUAGACAAAAUGACAUCGAUAAAGUAAUAGAGGAAAAUUACGAAAAUUACAUCAUCGAUAAACUCACAUGUGAUAUUAUGGAAAAUAAACCACUUGGGUCUCGUAUGUAGUUUUUAGGAAUUUUACGAGUAGUAUAUUUUCCAGUCUACAUAAUAAAUAUUGUUAAAGCAUUUCUGAAAAAAAAAUUGCAGUAGAGAGUGCAUUUUGUUCGACCCAUGUUUUCAUAUCAUGCACUCAGUGCUUGAGUCAAAUUCCCCUUCUUGUUAUUGAUUAUUUUCAGAGAGAGAGCAUGAAAUUAUCUGUCGUAGUUAUCAACAGUAAUGCAUAUUGUGUUGUGUAAUUAUUUUGUUCGGAAUAAAUUUUUGCUCUCACUUUUGUUACUUGCAAGUGAUCCAAGAAGUGUUCUACAAUAUACUUUCAUUCUAUCAGUUCAGUGUUUCAAUUCAUCUUAGACUCAAUACUAACUGGCUCUUAUUACUAGGCUUCACUAAAGUGGAAGCAGAAUACACUUGACCUUUCUCGACAAAAUGUUGCAUCAAGACUUGCUGCUCUCUCAGCCUCAUGUGCCUCUAUUGUUACUCUCACUUCAGGUAUUACAUAUUCAUGUGUUGCACUGUGUCGUUCUUCGACUUAUUUUUGAAAUUUCUGUGUCAUUUAUGUAUGUUAAUGUUGGGAGUUGGUUAAGAUUUCAUAAUCUUGCGAUCAUCAGAAAUAAUAUGAUUGACUCAGCUGAUCAACCAUCAAUUAUAUUCAGAUCAAUUUCUUUACAAGACAGUAUAAGAAAUCCAUUUUUUAUUUUUCAUCUGUGAGCAAGUAAAAGUACUAUAAACUUUUAAUUUUCAGCUGUGGACCACUGUUAUUUUGAGAAUCAUGUUGGUGUUGUGUUUUGAACUACAAUAAAACACGCACAAUGUUUCAAUAAUAGUCAUCAAUGCAUUAAUCAAGACAGUGUGCAUUUUUCUAUAAUUGAUUAUCACUUUGCUUAAGGUUUUUGAUCAAUCAUAGAUUAUAAUUGAUGACUGGCACACCACUAAUGUAUGUUAAAGUUGUACAGAGUGAAUCGUGAAUUCUAAGGUUGUUUCAUGUUUGGUCACCUUUUUAAGGGGAGCCUGAAGAAACAAACUAUACUGCUGCUGGUGCUGCUGUGAACACUAUGUAAGUACAGCUUUAUUAUCCAGGCCCAUAGAAUAACUGCUGCCAAGCAAUCACUACAAUGUGGAUUGUAGACUGUUAGAAUAUGACUAUGGAAGGAAAUUCUUACACCCAUUCUUAAUGUGGCUUCUGUUUAUUACACCAUUAAUUUUAAUUUUUGCUGUUUGACUCUCCCUUGUUUUCCAAAACAAAGCAAAAUAAAAAAUUAGGGAGGUUUGCUUCAUCUCUAGUGUAAUGGUAAAAAAGAAAAAUUGUAAAAAAUGAUUUCAUCUGCAGAACCUUGCAAAGUUAAUUUGUGUGAAAUUAUUAUUAUCAUUAUUAUUAUUAUUAUUAUUAUUAUUAUUAUUAUUAUUAUUAAAUAGCCAUGUAAUAACUGAAAAAGAGGAAAAUGUAACCCUACCACCAUUUUCACUUGACAAGUUCCUGUAUGUUUUUUCACUGUACUAUGCAACCUACCAGUGCAGUGCCUUUUCAGACUUGUAGUUAGUAUUAUAAAGUAUGACUGUCCUUUUCUUUUGUUAUCAUAAUGAUUAAGUAACCUGAUUCAAUUAUCCGUUUAAGCUCCUCAAACCUUCAAGACUUGUCCAAGGGAAUCAAAAUGAUCGCUGGCUUGCUGGAUGAUGGAGAUGAUGGCAAAAACCUUCUUGAUGCUGCUCGAGACCUUGCUGGUGCCUUUACAAAUCUACUCAAAGCUGCUCAGGAAGGAGGCGGAGUAGACCCUGAAGUAAGUGUUUUGUCAGGCUGACAGCAAGUAUGGGUAAGGUGAAGCAACUCUUAUGAUGUGAUUGGCUGGCUAGCUAUCCCAGCAGGAAAGACGGAAUUUCCUAAUUUCUCAUGUACAUGCUUCCCCCAUGGGCUAUUUGUAAAUCCCUUAUAAUACCCUUUUUUACCCCCUCCGCCCCCCACCCCCAUAAAUUUUGCAUGAGCUAUUGUUUUCAAAUGCUUUUGGGAAUAUGCACUCCUACAAAGAGAAGGGGGAGGGGCAAAUGGGGUGUACCAUGGGCGAUUCAAAAAAUUAAUAGAGAAUCCAAGAAAUGCAGCACAACAGAUUGUUUCAUUCUAAGCUUUGUUGGCAAGACAAAACCGACAUAGGAUUAGCUCAGUCAGUAGAGCCCUUCACUGUAGAGUGGAAGGUUGUGGGUUUGAUUUCUGGAGCUGGACCAUUACUCAGGGUCUUAGGAUAACUGAGAAAUGAAGAUACUCCCUUUGCAAUGCAAGCAGCAAGACCUUUGUGUGGCUUGGAUGACCAUGUAAACUGGCAAUCCCGUCUCCAGUAGGAGACGUAAUAAUAUUGUCCCCAAUUAGCACCUUCGUGUUAAAUACAUUGACACUCAAAUAAAGUGCUUUUUUAACUGUUCUUGUUUUUCUUUCUGGGAGUUUUUACUGUUUUCUUCAUCUUGGUCAGUAACCCCCCUCUUCCUCCUCACCCCACCCCCCCCCCACCCCCCAUUGAACUUGAAAAAUAUCUAGUCAUUUAAUAUCUCAUCCUUGGUCAAUAAUUAUUGUACAGUGGCUGUGUCUUAAUAUUAUUUUUUUGUAUAGAACCUUAAUGUAUAAAACCCUGUUAUAGCAAAGAUCCUGGUUUAAUGAAUGAUAGAGCUUUUCAAUUGGAGUUUUUAGUAAUAGUUCUUGUGUGUGUCUUAGUUCAGGGACAAACUCUUGUCAGCAGCAGGGAAUGUAGGUUCAUCUGGAGCAACGUUGUUACAAUAUAUGGGUGAACCAGAGGUGGAUCAUCAAACUCAGGUAACUAUGCUCUUUUAACCUCUGCACCAAUAUAAUUUCAACACUGUCACACUACAUGGGUAGCAGAUAACCAGAUCAUCAAACUCAUGUAACUAUGCUAUACUAACCUCUGCACCAAUAUAAUGACAACACUGUCGCAAAACAUGGGUAACAGAUAACUGGAUCAAUAAACUCAGGUAACUAUACUAUACUAACCUCUGCACCAAUACAAUAUUACAACACUGUCGCAGAACAUGGAUAACAGAUAACUGGAUCAAUAAACUCAGGUAACUAUGCUACACUGACCUCUGCACCAAUAUAAUUACAACACUGUCGCAAUACAUGGGUAACAGAUAGCUGUGUCAAUUAACUCAGGUAACUAUGCUAUACUAACCUCUGCACCAAUAUAAUUACAACACUGUCACAAUACAUAGGUAACAGAUAACUGGAUCAAUGAACUUAGGUAACUAUAAUGGCAGCUUGACAUAUAUCCAUUGGACAGUGAUGUUAGGUCAUAGAUUACCUGUGUUUUCCACGUUGCAUACACCCAAUACAUUGAUGAAAAUCAAGAGAAUUUUGGUAUACAUGUUUGUCAUUGGUGGGGAGCUGAAGCAACUAUGACAUUGACGGCAAGGAGAAUGAAAAAUUUAUAGUUUUAGAUUGGAAAAACAUCAAUUUUUGCAUGUGCCUCAUGCCUUGCUUGUACAUUUCCUUGCCAUCGUCAUACAACUAUGACAUGAAACUUCCUAAUUUCACUUUUUAGGGUGGUUAUUUACGCAAUACAACAUUCCUUUUUCUUUCUCUGACUUUACUCACAAUCCUUUAGAAUAGAAUGAGAUGGAAUAAGACCAAUAAAGUUUGAAACAGGCUUAAAAAUGAUUUGCUUUUUAAAGUGAGGUUUUCGCUGUAGCUGCCAUCAUGGUUGCUGGUCAUGUUACACGGGAUGAUUUGCAACAACAAUAAUAUUGUUAGUGCAACACAGUGUUGCAGUGUUGGAACAAUGUUGUAACUAUUCGAACAAUGUUGCAACGCUUUGUUGAGCUAAAAAUCAUGGUUGCAAUUCUUUUGAGUAACGUCUCCUUUGAAUUCCCUAUUGUGUAUGGUGUGGGAAAAGUUUUAAGUUGGUCCAAAAUUCUCAGUAUUGUUUGUAUGACAUAUAAAACUAACAAGUUUAAACUCAUCACCAAUAGAUAAGCUUGGGUGUUGGUGCCUACAAAGUUGGUGGAGCCGGGCAGUGCUCUAGCAUGAGGAGGAGGUAUCCAUGGCAACCCUGCAAGUGCCAAUACUUACCUAGCCCAUACCUCAAGAGGGAGGGAGGGAUGGGAAAAAACUAAAGCACAAACUGGCAUGCAAACAGCAAGCUAUUAUAUAAGUCAUGAGGUGCCCCUGCUAGAGGCAUCGGGCCACCCCUACUAUAGCUGGGGAAACAGCUGACCAGCAUUGCUUCGAGGUUAACUUUGCCUAAAUUACAUUUAGCCACAUAAAAAAUUGAUAAUUCUUCAAAUCGACAACUGUUGAAUGUUUGUAAACCCCACAGGAGAUGCUCUUAGCUCUUGCACAAGGUGUUGCCAAUGCAACAGCAGCAUUAGUUUUGAAGGCAAAGAACAUUGCUAGUCAGUCUCCUGAUACUAAGGCACAAAGCAAGAUGAUCACUGCUGCCAAGGAGACGGCCAGAACCACAUCCCAGCUUGUGGCCUGCGUCAAAGUAGUGGUUCCAUCAAUAACUAGUCACAUGUGCCAGGAACAAGUUGUGGAAGCCGCAAAACUAGUUGCUACUGCUGUUGAUGACACUGAGAGUGCCUGCAAGGUGAGUGAGGUCCCAAGAGUGACCAACAUAUAUCUUCUCCUAACAUUAUCAAUUGUUGAUCAAAAGAAAAGGUUAUGAGAAUUGAUCAAAUGAUCACCUAAGGGAAAAUUCUUUGGUCUUUUAUCGAAAUCUCUCAUUUAGUGCUCUAAGGAAAUGUUUGGAGAUCAGUCCGUUUUGGUGAUUUUUACAGGCAUAGCUUAAGAACUAUAAUUUAUGGUAGCAGUACUACCAUUGUAAACAAGCUUUCUGGCUGCUAUCAUUCCAAAAGGCAUCAAUGACAACCAACACUUUCUUGAUACUACUUUAUUAUUUUAGACUUGCCCACUGAGCAAAGUCUUGGUGAAAACCAAGAACUGUUUUGCCCCCAAAAUGUGACUGCAUUAUGGAACAUUUGAUCAAUCUUAGCCAGGCGUUGUAUGUGAAGUCAUGUAUGUAUCUUCUUCCACCAUAGGAAGCAGCACCUGAUGACUCAGACCUUCUGCCAGAGAUGAUGACUGCGGCACAAGUUGUACGAGAUGCUCUGCAUGCUCUGCUUGUUAAAGUGCGAGAUGGUGGUAGGGAUGCUCAGCAGGCUGGACAAUAUGAUGCAGCAUGUGAUGAUAUUUUAGGAGCUACUGACAGACUGUUUAACAGCAUGGGUAAUGCAGGAGAGAUGGUCAAGCAGGCCAAGAUCUUGGCUCAGGUAUAAGAUUUGCCCGUAUUUACGAAUAAGCGCUUAUUAAAGAUUUUAUGCCUCAAAUGGGCCACUUAUUUGAGGGUGGCAUUUAGUUGAAGGUUAGAUGUGACAAAGAAUCGUUACUUUAAGGAAUCGAUUUUCAGUAACUAACAGUCUUUUGAUUUUAGUUGCAUUGAGGGUGGGGGGGUGGCACUUAUUACAGGUGUAGGGGGCAGUGCAAAUAACGUUUUUAUCUCAAAUGCGGCACUUACUCGAGGGCACGGCGCUUAGGCUUGGGUGACGCUUAUUUGAGUAAAUACAGUAAUCUAACAGUAAAGAUCAUGCCACCAUUUCCACUGGACAAUGUUUUUAUCACACCUUUUUGACCUGUUGUGCCCAAUUUUGACAAAUUUGGUAUUUUGAAGGCAGAAUUGUGGAUUUAAAUAUUUUGUUGCUGCUCUUUUGAAAUUGCAUGGGUCCACCAUCAAAACACAUUGCAUUUUCAUUGGUUUUGUUUCAUGAUUAUGAAACCCGUCUGAGUUCUCAAACAUCUGCAAAAAACACACCAAACAAGACGUGAAAAACAUUUCGUAUGGCAACAGUAAUGCAAUCUUCAUUGUAAAGAAUAUUUAACAAUAGUUUUCUCAUCUUCAUGUACCCUGUUAGUGUGUGUCUCUUAGCUGCUUAUAGUGUGUGUUCUUUUCUAUGGACACCAGGCAUCAUCUUCACUGGUAACAGGAAUAAAAGCAGAAGCAGAAACACAGGAUGAUUCAGAUUCACAGAAGCGUCUUCUUGCAGCUGCAAAGGUGUUGGCCGAUGCUACAGCAAAACUUGUCGAAGCAGCAAAGGUUAGUCAAGGCUGUGCUGUUAAUAGAAAUUGAAGGGAGUGCGAUGCUCUGAAAUAAUUGUGACAUUCAGGGUGCCCAGCAUGUGAUUUUUAUGAAAACAGUAAGGUUUCCUAGCUAUGCAAGAGCAAAUGUAAGGCGCCAGGGGCUACUACUACAGCACAGCCCUCUUAGUUUGUUGUAAUGAUCCAGAGAAGAUACCUCUUGUAAGGUUUUAACUUGCUUUAAACUCAAAUUAUCACCUACUCAUGCAGGUCAGUUUUUUCUCUGAAAUCUUUGGUUCUCAUUAUCAUGUUACAUUACAAUCUAUUUCUAACCCAGUCUAUACCCAUAAGGAGGGCCAAUGGCUUGUUUUCGUGCACUAUGCAAACAUGAGAGUAAGGAAAAUAUACGAACAUGAAAUCUUAAUAAAAGGGCUUUAAUGAUUGAUUCCUAGAUGACCCUGCGUAUGUUCUUGUUCUGAUUCUUGCAUCUCACAUUUAGACUAGCCCUAAGCUGCUGAGCAGAAAUUGUUUGAAGAACCAGUUGGGAAUACCACUGAGUAAUGGUAAUGAUGACAGAUGACAGACAAGUCACAAUCCAAUUAAUUUGUAAGUUCUUUCCCUAGUGCACCCUCAUAGCAAUAGUCUAUAUACUGGUGUCUUGUUAUUUUGCAGGGAGCUGCUAAAAACCCGAAUGCCGCUGACCAACAACAAAAGUUAAAGCAGGCUGCAGAAGAUUUAAGAUCAGCAACUAAUGCAGCAGCUAGUGAUGCACUGAAGAAGAAGCUGGUCAAAAGACUUGAGGUUUUGAACCAUGAAUUUAUUCAGUUGGCAACAAAAUGAGUUGAGACACUUCACCCUAAACGGGAUUUUCUACGUUUUACGGACUUCAAAGGGGGGAAAUACAGCUUUUCCUCCCCUAUCCCGUCCAUGCAAUUUGUGCCUCUGUUCGAGCUACCUAUAGAAAACAACAAACAUCCCAACUUUGAAUGGAGGGGACUGGGGAGGGGUGUGGAUUCUUUUGUUCUCUGAAGUUACUGUAUUUGAGUAGAAUGUCUCGACAGUUUUGUUGCCAAUUGUUGAUUAUCCAUUUUGUUUUGUUGCUUAAUGUUUGUCAAGCAAGUCGAGCUCUGUGACAAAAAUGUCCUGCCAAUAAAAUACCAGGUGACCUUUGGCGCAAAAACGUUACGAGAAACUUAUCUGAGUCCUCAAUGUCAAACAGGAUGUUAAAAACAUUGUCAAAUGGCAAGAGUAAUGUAUUCUUCACUGUAAAGAAUAUUUAAAUUUUUAUGAAAACACCGCUUUUGCGUGAAAACAUGAUAUCUUCACACAUUCAAAUAACAUGUUUUUUGCAGACGUGAAAAGAUCGCUAUUGCUAUGGUUACAUUAUAAAUAGUGCCUUUCGCUGCCAAAAAUAUUAAAGUGAAAUGGUAUUUCAUUGCUGUGUAUAUAAUAAGUAAAAUAUUACAUGGCCGCUCAGGGAAAAUAAUUGUUUCUUGUAUUGAAAAAUAUUUCACUUAUUCGUGAAUAUUUUUCAUCACUCCAAAAAAGUGAGUUAUAUUAAUCGUGCUUCUCUUUCAUAUUAGGCAGCCGCAAAGGAGGCCGCAGGCCAGGCUACACAGCUGGUUGCCGCAGCUCGCAUGGCAGGUCCUUCUAAUCGGAAUCAAACUUCUCAGCAGCAGUUGAACGAUCAGUGCAAAGUAAGUGAUUCUGCGAAAUUCUGUUACAAUCACUGUAGGGCUAUCGCUAAGGACUGGGGUGAUUUCCUUGCAGAAACAAGGUAAAAUAAAGUAAAUAAUGAUUUGGAGGUAGCAAAUCCACAAAGUAGUUCUUCGUCUACCUGAUUCCUCGUCAAAUUGGCAUUUGGAAAUGUUGGUUUUUGAGGAGAGGGAAAAAAACGGAGAACACAGAGGAAAACCUCUCAGAGCAAAGGAGAGAACCAACAACAAACUCUACCCACAUAUGACAUUGACGCCGGUAUUUGAACCCUAGGCCACAUUGGUGGGAGGCGAGUGCUCUCACCAUGGCGUCAUCUCUUGCUACCCAACAACAGGAAAACAGAUCCAUCAGAUUUCCUAGCUGUUCAGUUCCUGCCCGCUAAUUGCAUUAUAACAAACAACUUGAAAUCUUAGUAUUCUUAGCCGUUUUGACCACCUUACCCUUUUAGUCUAGUGAUAACUUUUGGCUAGGACAACACAAUAAUGAGCUUUGCUUACAACAGAUAAAUUGCCUUUGGAAUUUGUUCAUUAGGAAGGCUUUGACUGUAUUUCUUACUUAACGGUUUCUUCUUUUCAGCCUGUUGAGGAAAAUGUAAACCAUCUCGUUGAAGCUCUAAGAGAAACUACACGAAAUCCUGAUAUGGCUGCACCUCAGCUUGGGCUGAUCAGUGCAUCAAAGGAGUUUAUUCAGGUAGCUACAAAGUAACUUGGCCGUUACAGUUAGUGCAAAAUUCAGGUAGCUAUGGAAGAAAAUAGAAUUUCACCUCUCAAAAGCUAUGAAGUGGGAUUUCACGUCAGAAAUCCAACAGUCUUAAGUAGUAGGACAAAUUUUGAGUGCAGUUUUAUAAGGACUAUUUGUUACGUUCCUUAUUGUUACGGUAUUUCACAGAAUUGGUGAGACUGCGGACAAAUAAGUGAGAGUGUUGUUAUUUAGUACUUUUUAAAACAUGUCAUGAUUUUCUAUGCUUUUCAAUACACGUUUCAAAAUAAAACGCUAUAAUACAGAAAGAAAAAGAAGAAUGGAGAGAAAAGUAGGAGCCUUCACUUUGAGAGAUGCGUAUUUCUAGGUCUAGGUGUAAUAUUUGUCAUGCUAUUUUUUUAUUUAGCCAACAACUAAGCUGGUUGCCAAUUCCAAAGCAGCUCUUCCAACAAUCGGUGAUCCAAUUACUGCCACACAGCUGGCAAACUUUGCCAAAUCAACUGCAACUUCUCUAGGAGAGCUACGUGAAGCAGCAGAUAAGGUGAUGAUGAGAUUAAUCCUUCGUUUUAGUGGCACCAUAUUGAAGAAGUGUUCCAAUUUUAGUUUUGUUUGAUAGAUUAGUUACUGCAGAUGACAAGGCAAGGACAAUGUAAGAUAAAGAGGAGAAAUUAAACAGUGCAAACGGUACGGGUUUUGGGGGACACCAGAGUUUGUGUCUGUUGAACUGUUUAACCUAAGGUCUUGGAAAACUUAAUUCAUGGAAAGUCAUGGAAUUUGAAGAGCUUAAAAGAGUACCACCCUGUCAUUCAGUCAAUUAGUGAGUUUAUUCUGGUCAGUCACUUAAUCAAUCACUGGGGUAGCCAGUAAGUAAGUCAACCAAUUAUCCAGUCAUUCAGGUAAUCAGUCCAUUGGUCAGUCGGGCAGCCAGUCCCAUUUAGACACUUGGUCACUCAGUCAAUCAGUUGAUCAGCCAGUCAGUCAGUCAGGGAACCAGUCAGUCAAUAGGCAUCUCAGUUAGUCAAUCAGUUGGUUAGUCAGUCACUCUGCCAGUCAGUCAGUUGGUCAGUCAGUCAGCCAAUCAGUUGGUCUGUUAGCCAGACAGACAUGCUGUCAUUUUGGGUAAAAACCCAUAUUAAUUCAUAUUCUUUUUUUCUGACAAAGGUACAGGUUAUAAUUUUUCCAAGAGCAAAAUUUACUAUUGAAAUGGAAUAUUUACGCAUUAAUUCAAGGCGACAUGGUAGUCACGUUUUUUUUUCGUUUGUUUUGGAAAUUUUGUCAGGCUGCUGAGGUGUGUGGAACACUGGAGAUUGACAGUGCUCUGGACACUGUUGGCGCUCUAGGCCGUGAUCUCGAGGCAUAUGAGAAGAGUAUAGAGGAAGGCAAUUUACUUCCAUUGCCUGGAGACACUGUAAGUAUCCACAGGGAACACUAAUUUCUUUUCUUCAUUAUUAUAAUACAGGCAGUUCUAUUAAGAGACACUUCGUAGGGAUUAGACUGUUUUGCCGUCAGAAUUAUCAGAACUUUGUCACGUGUGAAUUCAAGUACCAUUAUGAAUGCAGGGAUUCUCAGAUGACUCUGAAAUCUACAAUCACUAACGGAUUCAACUUUCAAAUAAUAAAUUCAUUAAUGGAAUCUUGAGGAGUAUACUUGACCUGGCUUUACUGUAAUUUGUAAUGUAUGAGAACCACGAAAAUAAUUGUCUGCCAUUGGUCUUUGCCCAUUUUGUAGGCGGAGUCGUGUGGUCUUGAGCUCGGUGCUACAUCAAAGUCUGUUGGAUCAUCAAUGGCACAGUUGUUAACAGCUGCUUCACAGGUAAGUCAAAAGACUUGGUAUCCAUCGUACGUUGAGUUUAGUUUUCUUAAACCUAGACAAUUUGUUAUCAACGAUCGCGGUCACCGCGAGGUUGCAUCAUUCUCAUUAAUUGUGAGGUAUCUCAGUAAUUGGUGAUAGCACCAAUAUCAACAAGGUGCCCAAGCAGAGAUCGUAGAGUUGAGUACUACAAUCAAGAGAGAUAGUAAACCUUUUUGAAGGGGCUAAGGAACGCCAUUUGGUAUCUUUUUAAAUGCUAAUAGUUUUUUUGUACUACUUGAAUUCCCCCCAAAAUGGUCAAAUGCGGGGUAGGGGAGUGAUAGACAGGUAGUCUCCCAGAAGUUUUUAGCAUUAUAAGCAGGGCGCAGAUAACCAUUUGUAAGUGGUAAACCAAAACCGAGAGAAAUGGGACUGUCAGACAAAUUGGAAAAGAACUUCCCUAAACUAUGAAUUCAUGCAUAAUAACAUUGUUUUCAAAGAUGUUCAUGGAAGAAGUUCUAACGUUUCUUUAUUAGCUGAACAACAUGCCCUUCUCGAAAAUGAAUGGCUGUUUUAAAAAGGCAAAAAUUACUCUUAUGUUUACACGCAGGGUAAUGAAAGCCACACAGGUAUAGCAGCAAGAGACACAGCCAGUGCACUGCGAGUACUGACAGCAGCUGCGAGAGGAGUUGCAGCAACAUCAGAUGACAAAGCAUUGCAAAUGAAUCUGAUAAAGGCAACUCAGGCUGUUGUUGCUGAGUCAGCAAAAUUAAUCCAGGAAGCAAAGAAUGCGAUGGCUAAUCCUGGUGACCCCAACAACCAGCCUAAGCUUGCUCAGGUAAGGAUACUUUCCUUUAUAUUUCUUUUGAUAAUAAACACACAGGAAUACUCUAUUUAGAACAGUAUUAACAACAAGAGAGGGGAUUGGCUACCUGUUAAAACUAAAGGUUAAUUUAAACAGGCAGGCAGAUUUACAAAUAGUGUUGCUAUAUUAGGCUUUUUUCCUCGUGACUUACCUGUGCCCAGGAUCGAACGCAGAAUUGUGACCACAUCAUAUGUAACUUGUUGUGCGAGCAGCCCCUUGGGAUUGUCAAGUGAGUGAGCAAAUCAUUUAAAGCGAGGGGAAAAAAGGGUCCAGCCGAGGGCAAAUGCACGCGUCAGUUCGACUGCUCACAUUCCAUAAUAUGUGACUGAGUUGUUGGUCUUUCCUUUUUUAGAUUCAUAUUUGUCAGAAGUAUUGUAUUCCAGUGAUUUUUUCAAGGAUGCUUUAUAAUAUCUGUUGUAUAGAUGUUCGAUCCAAGACGUGUCUCAUUCAAAAGAAAAAGUUUCAGUUGGUUAUCUUUAGCGACGCAAAGACAAGCGUCAGUAAAAUAAUGCUUAUUUUACCCUGAAAACAGCCUAGACAAGUUUAAACCAUCUGCACGCACAAACAUAAGGGCUUUUUGUGCUUUGCUUGGUUUGUUCUAAUGUGUAUGGUUAGUAAGAUCAUUUAUCUCAUGAUUUUUAACUUUACUCAAACCACUUGAUUUUAUCCUGCUUUCAGCAUCUAGCAAAGGUGAAAAAAUGCAAUUAACAGCCUGUGGGCGUAUCUUUUUCGUUUUACAGGCAGCUAAAGAUGUAUCUCAGGCACUGAACAACUGUGUUAACUACCUGCCUGGUCAGAGGGAUGUUGAUGAAGCCAUAAAAGCUGUUGUAACCUCCAGUCAGAGUUUAGCUAUUGAAGAUGUAAGUUAAAAACAACAACAUUUGAACUUCUUCUCUCUUGCGCUCGAUUAUGUUCUAACUUUUGAGUCCAUGUAUGAAAUCUGACAGCAUGACCAUGUUAAUGACACGUUUUCAUUAGUAAUUUUGUACAGUAGUAUUUGUUUUCCCAUUUUAUGGGAUGAAUCAGCUGUAAGCGAAAAUGAAACGUGAUGGUUAAAUGUCAUCAUGGUAGCCUAAUCUAAUUUUUCUUCAAAAAAUAGAAAACGUAUUGGAUAACAUUUAUCACCAUAUAGUGCAGUAAAGUGGUAGAUGCAUAGUUAGACAAGAAAAAAGUAAGCUUGCAUCACAUUCACAACAAAAUGUCUUUGUAACAGCACCAUACUCAUCGGGGAGCAACGGUGGCACAUUGGAGAGAGCACUUCCCUACUACCAAUGUAGCCUGGGUUCAAAUCCCAGUGUCAAAGCCAUAUGUGGGUUGAGUUUGUUGUUGGUUCUCUCCCUUGCUCUGAGAGGUUUUUUUCCGGGUACUCUGGUUUUUCCCUCUCUUCAAAAACCAAUGCUUCCAAAUUCCAAUUUGAUCUGGAACGCACGAACACGUUUAAACGAGUUCUUAAGAGCUCUUAAGUGCCUUAUGGGUAAAUAUAUUGCAAUUUACACUUUUUGUUUGGGUCUUGCAGUUUCCCCCUACAUCAGAGGGGUACCAGGUGGUUCAAGAGAGGCUAAGCAUGACAGGAGCAGCCCUGAAUGCUGCAGCCAGUGACAUGGUGACAGCUUCACGAGGAACAUCCAAUCAACUGGCUGUUUCAACAAAGAAGUUUUCACUUUCUUAUCAAGAUCUCUUGAAUAGUGGACUGAAGUUAGCCGGCCAAGCAAAGGUAACAAUUUGAAGUUGAUUUAUCAUGGGAGUGUUAAGGUUUGGCGUGAUCAAUUUAGGUUUCUGGGAAACAGCCCACCUACCCCUCCCCUAAGCCAACAUUUUGCUUUGAGUGAGCUGUAGGUGAUAAUGUUGGCUUAGGGGAGGGGUAGGAGGGUAGUUUCCCAUAAACCUAAAUAGAUCUGGCCACGCCUUACAGAUCAGUGAGAUAUUAACCUGUAUUUUUUUGUUCUAUGUUGUUAGGAUGAGGCAGCAAAAGAUUCUCUUGUGCGGAACUUAAAAAACACAUCCACAGCAUCAAGUAAACUUCUUCUGGCUGCCAAGUCUUUAGUUUCCGAUCCAAAUGCACCAAAUGCAAAGAACUCUUUGGCUAAUGCUGCACGGUCAGUAGUUUUUCCCAACUUUAAGGAAUACCAGGGACGUCAUUGUACUAUCAUACUUAUAUGUUUCUCUUGUGGUCUCUGAAGUGUAAGAAAUUGUUCAGUCAUUGGUAGCAACGUUUCUUUGCCAACCAUAGCUUAUCCCUCAGCACAUUUCACGUUGUAUGUAAAGACCUGCAAAUACUUGUUCCUAGACCACUGAAAGCCUCCAAGUAAUCCGUUUAUGAACAGUGAAUAACAGCUGGUCCAUAUUUGUCUUACAGAGCUGUGACAGACAGUAUCAAUAUGCUGCUUAAUGCAUGUAUGUCAGCCGCACCUGGGCAGAAGGAAUGUGACAACGCUCUUAGAAAUAUACAGGUAAGGUUUGCCAUAGAUGAUCCUUUAGCCUUCUGUUGAUACUGCACUUUAAAACAAAAUCUUUUUUUUUGAGUAUGAUUUAAUCACUUUCUCUUUCAUCAUGUUUUUGCGUUUUUAUUGUUGUUUUUUUGUUACUGUGACAGACGUAAUCCAAACUCCCAGAAAUCAAGCAUUGUGGGGGCUGGCAUGUUUGCUCAGAAUCUGUUUGAAAAAAUCAUAAAAUGAAACUUUUGUAGCAAUACUAUUGUAUUUUACCAUUUGUAGUUGAGUAUUUUUCAACACAACAUUUUGGAGUUUGAGCUUCAUUAUACUUCACUACUCUCGGGACUGAAAUGGUUAAUCCUUUUUUUUUUGUAGGCUGUGAGUAACAUUCUAGACAAUCCAGUUGAACCUGUCAACAGCGAUACCUUUUUUGACUGCUUGGAUAAAGUCACCCACAGAUCUCAAGUAAGCAUGAAUCAGUUACGCUGUUACUCAGAUGUGCUCAAUUCAGUUUUCUUAAAGUUUUUCGUAGGCUGAGGGCUAGGGUGUGGGAUUUAUUGGGGAUCAACAUCGUCUCUUCAGAAAAGAUUAGCUGGUAUUUUCUUGGAUAGUAGGUGGCACAUUUUGCCGGCUUCCAGUUCUUGUAGGAAACCCAUUUAACUUGUGGAUAGGUUUGUACGUUCUUUGGGUUUUGUUACGUGAUGGGUAUAACAUUCAACUCUGUGAACACACCCUUCUCGUAGAUGGACACAGAAAUGGUUCCUGCCUUUCUGUAGGGCUGUUCUUCGACUCUCUAUGAGGCAAACCCCUGUCAGAGAUGGACACUGAGUAGCGGUCCCAGUGGUGUUCGUGUAAGAAAAAGUAAAGUGUAAUGAAAUAUUGGACCAGUGUCCACAAUGAAAGGCUCGCUUAACAAAGAAGGCUAAUUUAUUUCAAUUGACCUAGUGUACUGCUGUUGUCAACCAAACAAGGAGUCGCAGCUUCUGACCAAAGAUCACAAAACAUAGGUUUGUGAUUCCCAAGCCUGUAGUUGACAUGAUAUUAUAUCUCCUUAGGCGAAAUCUUAGUUCCAGACCCUGAUUAAAUUUGCUUUAUUGUAGGAUCUAACAGAGGCCAUGCCCAAGAUUUCUAACAGUAUCAAGUCUGGCGAUUUUGGCGAGUUUGACAAUGGAGUGAAAGAUGCUUCUGUAGCAGUCUGUGCAUUAACUGAGUCUGCUGCACAGGUGAGUUGUCACCGAUACCAAAACUCUGCUUUUCUAUGAAUUUCGUCCUAUUUUUUACUUUUCUUUCUCUGGCAACAAAAUAUUUUCAUUUUUGCACCAAUUUCAUCCCUCCGUUUCAGUGUACCUCACCGUAGGGGCAAAACGUGUCUUGAGAAAACAAAAGUCCUUCCUGGGUUGGUGAUAUUGCAAGUUUUAAUUGCACUGCAAACACAGGGACAGGAAUCCGCUAGUGUCUAUUUUGGAAUGUGGGGAGAACGUAAGAUUAUUAUCGUAUUUAGGCCAGAUGUUUCGGUGUAGGGGCGUGGAUAGUUUUAUAAAAUCCCUUCUUUCUGAAAUGGCCUUUCGUUUUUCAGGCAGCAUAUCUGGUAGCCGUUGCCGAUCCGUCAAGUGUUGCAGGUAGACCAGGUCUUAUAGAUCAGGCUCAGUUCAUAAACUCAAAAGACGAAAUCCUGGAUGCUUGCCAGAAUCUGCUAAACCCAGAAGCUAGUCAGCAACAGGUGAGCUUCACUGCAGCAGCCACAUUUAGGCGCGAUUCAUGAACUGCUGUUCACGAAGAAAUAACUAGAACUAUUAGAAGGGGUUAAAGAUAGGAUUGUUGGUACUAUACAUGAAAACACGCAUGGAGUAUCCACAAAAAAGCAGUGUCUAACAGAGUGGUGGCUCCUGAUAACAGCAGGUUAAACAACACAGCAAUACGCAUCAUCGAGUUAGAGUGUGUUUUUUGCUAAUGCGUCUACAGUAUACAUAUAAAACGAGUGAAGACAAAGUGCCUUUCGGACUUCCAAUAACCCCAUCUUAUGUUUAUUUAAGUGAAGAUGUAAAAACUUAUUCUCGAGUGCCGUUAAACAAAACCAAAAAGAAGGAUGAUGGAGGAUCAGCCGGUAUAAACGUUGAUAUGGUGCUGUCAAUUUUUCGGCUCAGCCCAUAUUGAAAUACUACAUAAUGUUGACACAAUUUUGAAUUAUGUCAAACUGACAGUAACCGCACCCCACAUCUAUGUAUGUGAAGUACUCUGAGCUUAUUCUCAACCAUUUUCCGGGAAGCAAACGAUUGACAUAAUAAAACAUCAUGGCCGAACGGCAUUGGAACUCCAUGACGAUAGAAAAACACAAUAAAUUUAUUUUAAUAUUAUGGAGCGUCAGCCUCUACACUAAAAUGUGGUAUUCUUAGUUUCUCAAUAUCCCCACCCUACAUCUUUGCCAGUAAACUACUCCAGACAUCGGAGUCCUGACGUUUCUUGCACAGACACAGGACACUUGAGUUAAAAAGCAAACAAGAAACAAUAAACUUCACUUUCUACGUGUGAGUACGUGAUGUAAUAGUGUACUACUGUUAGUUCGUAAGGUUUGCUGAGGUUUAUAUAUUACAACCUUGUAGCUCCCGUAUGAAUUGCCCCUUUCAUUCUUAGAGUCGAACAUGGAGACAAAAGUUAGAAAAAAGUGAUUUUUUUUAUGCUUUGAUGAGAACAAUGGAUCAAAAGCUCUUUUACAAGAUGAUUUUCCUAUUUUUCUUGGGUUGUUCAAUAUUGGUGUUAAACGUUUUUGGUUGUGGUUGGAUUAACCGUCAACUUGUGCUGAUAGAAUGGAAUCUUCCUUUUCUUGGUAGGUCCUAGGAGCAGCUACUGCUGUUGCUAAACACACAUCAGCUCUUUGCAACGCCUGUAAAGCAGCAUCCGCUAAAACAAGUAACCCUGCAGCAAAGAGACAGUUUGUACAAGCAGCCAAGGAUGUUGCUAAUAACACUGCUAGUUUAGUCAAAAACAUCAAGGUUUGUAUUUCAUCGAUUGGCUGGGCAUUUAAGAGACUGAUGUCUUUACUCUGGCCCCAGUCGCUCAAAAGGUGGAUAGCGCUAUCCACUGGAUAAAUCUAUAUGCAGUGGUAGCGGAAUUGGUUUCCCUGAUUCUUAUCCGCUGGAUACGGAUUUAGUCAGUGGAUAGCUCUAUCCAACGCGGGGCCUGAAUGCUAUUUUAACGUGAAUAAUUUGAAUGCUGUAUCCCUUGUCAGUAGCUACUUUUCGAUGUGACUGUUUCUAGUCGAGUGCGACUCGAGUACAACUUUGAAAUUUAAAUGAUUGGAACCGGUUUAUAACUUCCCAAGCUUUUACUGAAACUGAAACGUCUUAAUAGAGGGACUGGGGUGACAAGCGAUUAUCUUCAGUAAAAGUAACGAUCUUAGUCGGAAAAACUUGUGUUAAACGGUCAGCCUGUAUUAAGCAGUCAAUUAGCCAUUUCCUAACGGUGACAGCUAUGAAAUGCAGGUUUGACUGUCUUUUGAUUUCUUAUCAUUGCAGGUUCUGGCAGGUGACAUGACUGAGGCUAAUCGUGAGGCAUGUGCUGAGGCCACAAAGCCUCUUAUAAACAGCGUGGAGAGUCUAACAGCUUAUGCGCUGUCACCAGAGUUUGCUCCUCUCCCGGCUAAAAUAAGCGAAGAGGUUGGUGCUGGUAUCUGUUCAAUACCGGUGAAAGCACUGUGAAGCCACCGUAAAGUAAUGCGCAAUUUGAAUAGGCUUAAAACCGUGAAGUCUUGUUUUUGUACUUUAUGCAUUUGGCAAACACAUUACAAAAGAACUGUCAAGCAUUAAAAAGUCACAUUUUGUGGAAAAAGCAGCUGAUUUUAAUGUACAUUUUCGCCCGGUUAUUGGACGGAUUUGUGCAUGGUAAUGUGAGUAAUGCUUGAAGAGCGGCCAUUACAACUCUAUCCCCGAGAAAAGCAGCUGGUAAAGCAGUUUCACAAUUCGUGGAUUUUACAUCUUCGUUUUAGAUCCCAAACGUCAUUUACACAGGCCUCGUACAGAGUCUUGGAUUCUUGAAAAAGUCUUAAAAUUUGCAAGCCAGUUUUCCAGCCUGGUAAAAGUCUGGAAAAUGAAGAUAAACUCUGGUAAAUGGUUAACAGUUUGGAGUGUUUGUUUUCUUUCUCAAAACUGCAUUGCAAUUUGUUACUUUACAUUUGCAUGUCAUCAUGGGAAAACCUUGAUUCUUUUGUUUUUCCUUUUUUCUUUCUACCACUUUAUUGGUAACGCCCUGUCUGGAAAAGAAAGUACUGUGUUAGAAAAAGGCCGGUGAAAGUCUUAAGUUUUGAAUCUUAAAAUCUUUACGAACCCUGUUUACAGUCCUGUAGCAAACAGUUAUUUUACUUUAUACAGGCUCGUUCAGCUCAAGUCCCUCUGAUUAUGGCAGGCAAGUCCAUGGCUACUUCCAGUACAAACUACUUCAAUGUCGCAAAAGCACUUGCUGUCAAUUCUAAAGAUCAGUCUGGUUGGCAGCAACUUGCUCAACAGGCCAAGGCUGUGUCAGAUGCCAUGAGAAGGCUUAUUACUGCUAUUAAGUAAGUGGUCCCGUAGCAAGUAAGACAGACCUUUAGAUUCUAAGACGAGGACGACUACGAGUUCGAGAUUUUGGAGGGUUUAGAGCUUUAAAUGAAAGGAAUUUAGAAAGAAAUUGUUUGUUUUGUUGAUCUCUCUUUGGUCAAGUGAAAUUAGUUUUUAAAGACCAUUCUUAUGACGAGAGGGACUGCGAGUUAAAAUGUUAUGUCUAUUUUUGCAGAGACAAUGCCCCAGGUCAACGAGAAUGCGAUGAAGCCCUUCAACAAAUAAGCCAGACAAUAAAUCAGUUGGAUCAAGCAUCACUAGCUGCCAUCAGUCAACAGCUAGAACCAAGACCUGAAAAUUCACUACAGGUGAUAUUUCUUGAAAGUCUGCCUUGACAUUGAGGUUGAUUUGGCUUUACUGCUGAUUUGUGGAAUUAGCGAAAAAGCAUGUAAUUGUUUGUGUGCAAAACCAAGCAAAACGCCCAUCAGAUUACUAGCCUACAGAAUAGCUAUUUUUUUCGCGUUUUUCAGGCGUGCAAAACACGAAGAGGGCAUCCUUUGCCCUGUCGCGCGUGUCUCACGCGUGUCUCGGGCUCCCCACUCGCAGCAUGAAAUGCUUCCCUUCGCUGGCCUAAAAAACGUGAAAAAAUGACACCAGUUUUGCAGUCUAUCAUAUUACAGAUUACUGAUUCAAAUCCCUUUGUUCGUUGGUUAAAAAAAAGGAAACAAAUCGCUUGUUCAGGCAAAAAGGAAGCUGCUUACCCUUCAGAAUGACGUUUAACAUGUGUGAUGCCCAACAGGAAUACACGUUCGUUUUUGACGGAAAAGAGCGACGAAGCUUUGGGAGGGAAAGUUUAACUUUGUGGAUGUGUUUUGUCAUCAGGGAUUCCAAGAGCAAAUGAUGCAGAAUCUGAGUCAAAUGACAGAUGUUAUCGAUCCGUUAGCUACAGCAGCUAAAUCUGAACCAGAGAACAUUGGUCACAGGGUAUGUAAAUUAAACGAAAGUUAUUUUACAGAAUAAAUGUGCAAUGUUAUGCGAUUUAUAGGUAUGAGAAUGUUUUUUUUAAGAGCCUGGCAAAACAAAGAAACACAAUUGAGUCGAACCUAUGAAUGAAGAUCUUAAAUGGGUUAGUCAUCGGCCUACUCUGUAGGCGUGUCUCUAAAACAAAGGACCUAAACACCUAGAAAACGGUAAGAGCUGAGACAACGGAUUAUAAAAACUCGGACCUCAAUAUACUUGUGUUGUUGUAAUGAGAUGCUGUUUCGACGCCCUUUUGUCAAGGUCUUAGGUCUAAGCUUUCAAUACCUUACUCUGUGCCGCGCAAUUCCUCGAACAUUCUUUUCUAGUUGUUUUACUGGAACUUCAUAUAUAACUCUUUUUGGCGUAUUCCUUUAAGCUAAUCAUAUGAUCAAGCGACCGCGGAAGGAUUAGCUCAGUCGGUAGAGCGCUUGACUGUAGAGCGAGAUGUUGCGGGUUCGAUUCCCGGGGCCGGACCAAUACACGGGGUCUUAAAGUAACGAACGCUAGACCUUUGCGAGGCUCGGAUACCACGUAAAAUGGCAGUCUCCUCUCCAUUAGGAAACAUGAAAACAGCGUCCCCUGUUAAGGUUGAUUUCCACUGACGCGUUUUUGACUACGUACAUAAAUUUUAACCAUGGGUAAAUAAAAUAGAGGUAAGGUAAAAAGUGCUGAACGUAAACGAGAAGUUGAGCGAGUUUCGACUUUUAUGCUUACGAGUAACCUUUCAUGCAUUACCUCUAUUUAUUUGCGAACGUAAAUUUUACGCACUUACGUACGCAAAAAUCACGCGACAGUGGAAAUCAAGCCUUAGUGAAUACAUUGACACUCAAAUAAAGUGCGUUUCUUUUCUAUCUUUCGAUAUAUUACAGGUUGCACAGGUGUCGAGUUUCUUAGCUCCGUUAGCUGAUCUAGCAGUGGGUGCCGCAUCGCGCAUGGCAGAUGUUCAGCGUAAGGUGGACUUGUUAGAUCAGGCCAAGACUGUCGCUGAGUCAGCUGCUCAGCUCAUGUACGCUACUAAAGAAGGUGGUGGAAACCCUAAGGUGAAUUGAAAACUCUUCAUUAUGUUUGCAAAUUGCUCCUAAAUUGCCAAUUCGGCAACAGAUAAUUCAUACCUGCAGAUAGCAAUGUGACACACCUAGCACCCGAACAGCCAGUAGUAGUCUUCCCCUCUUAAACCUUGACGUCCACGCCCUACCUAAGCAUUUCAUCAAAGAGGCUAUGUCACGCUAUUUGAUCUCUUUUUAAAAAUAAACAAGAACUUUUUUCUCCUCAAUUGAUCCAGUUUUGUUAUCCAAGAAUAUAUUUAGGCACUAAAACUCUUUCCUGUAGUCUAUUAGAAUAGUCAUCUAUUGGAACUUGAAAAGGGUUUGGCCAACUUUUUCACAAUUAAUGCUGUGUGGUCGAGACAGCAGCAAAAAUGUAGAAAUUUUCAAAAAUAAUGCGACUUUUUUUAAUUUUAACAAACAUGUUUCGACGGUACAUCCGUCAUCGUCAGUGUGACGGUUACAGUUUAAAGCGAUAAAACGUGCCUGUUACAAUUUAUACGUCACUUUGCUUUGGAAAACAAUACGCUAUGUAAUUGUUAAAGUUAACGGAGUUAAUGCGCGCACGCAUCUAUAGAGAAUGCUGUGUCUGCCAAAAGUCGCCAAAAAAAUUAUUGUGGUUAUUGCUCCCUGGUAAAAUUUUCUUGGUAUCUUCGUCAUAACUUUACAGGAACAUUUUGUUUAUGGUUAAAGGCAUCAAGUAAUGAUGUAAGCACAGAGUUGACCUGAAACAGCAAUAUCCCCUUGACAUGGCCCCUUUAAGAAUAGCCCCUCUAUAGCCAAGUAACUUUUAUUUGAGUGUAAAAGAAUGAAUGAGUGAGUUUAAAAAUAAACAAUGGUGCUGCGUCGGUUGGUGGGGUAAAACACAAGAAUUUGGUUUCAUCAGCUAAGUUGACAAAGUAAAUUUACCAAUGAUUCAUAAGCUGACUCUUCGAGUGCCAUCCCUUCGUCAGGCGAAUACGCUUCAUUUUGAAUACGAUUGUGUGAGCACACCAUAGUUAAUAGUUUCUGGGCAACUUUUGCAUAACAGCUCCAUCAAACGUCCAGUGUCAGUCCGAGGUUCUUAAGUGGUCAGUCUGUUUCUUUCCUACAAGUUCUUAACCAAAGCAAAUCUGGUAUUCUCUUCGUAAGUGCCAAAUAAGAUGUGCGGAGAACAUUGCAGGAAAUGUGCGCGUUGAUUUAAGGUUUCAAGGUUAAAUGAAAUAAUUUGAGUUAACAUUAAUCACCUUUAAUGAUGUUACAGAGUGUUCACAGUCAUCCGGAUAUUGAUGAGGCCGCCCAGGGAAUGAAAGAAGCUGUAAAGGAUCUUGGACAGACGUUGGAAGAGGCAGCCAGCGAAUCCGGCGUGGUUUCUGGUUUGAUUGACAGUAUUGGAAAAGCAGUGGCUGAGGUGGGUUAACUUAUGUAUCACGAGAUGAAGUUGACCGGACUGCUAGCAGUCCCUCGGGAUUAUCGCGUGUGCGAGCAUGUUACGAGCGAGCGAGGUAUACGCGCGAGUCCCUUUUUGACUGGUUUGCUCUCUCGAGUCCUACCAAGUUUCGACUGACAGACUGAAAAGGGACUCCUCGCAGUUAAGUGAUAACCCGAUAGUUAUUUAUGGGUUGUGAUUCAGAUCUAGACAAAGCUGUCUAAGUUAUAUUUUCAUUUCCAGGAUUAUGACUUCACUUUACUAGCAUUAUUAAUUGAAAGCGCAUGGAUGACUAAAGAAAGAAACCGUUAAACGGAACAGUUUGGACAGUCAAUUAAAACCUAACCUUCCCUGUUAACACUGUCAGUUUUCUCCUUUUGGCGUGUUUUGUCAGUGUUGAGAAGUGAUGAACAAUAUCCUCUCUCCCCAAUUAAGGGUUUUUUUCUCGCGUUAUGUCAUUGAAUCAUGUUGGACUACCUCGAAAUUACAUUAACCCUUUAAUCCCCAAUAUCCACAUACAAAUUCUCCAAACUGAUCUUUAUACAUUUUCUUAAAGGAUUAGUUGUGAGAAUUUGACAAAAGAUCAAAGCAUAUUCCCUUUGGUGAUCAUUUUAUUUAUCCUCAUAACCUUUACUCUUGAUGAUCUGCUGAUGUUGUUAGGAGAAAAUUGAUGUUGGUCACUCUUGGGACUUAAUGUGUUAAAACUUGCUUUCUCUUUAUCAUAGAAUAGGCAAGUGUCUGACCAGAAUCUUUCUGUGGGAUUUGUAAAAGGUCUUGCUUUGUUUGUAGAUCAGUCAGCCCCUGAGUGAUGACCGUGCGGAGAGUGCUGAUGUUAUUGAUGAACCGUUUGUGAAUUACCAAGAGAGAAUGACUCGGAGCAUGAAGGAACUGACCAGGAGGGGACACGAUAUGGUGAGAUUUCUCAGAUCAAAAUGAGAAAUAAUCUUAUCGUUUUAGUCUUUAGUCUGUAUUGCUGUCUACUUUUCAUUAUCUCACGAGAGAUGUUGUUUUUAAAAUUUGUUUUCUUGUUAUUUGUUAUAUUUGGUCCAACUGUGCAUAUUUCCAGCUUUAGAGCCUUCUACAGUUCAGUGGCAGAGAAUUGUAAACUGGCAAAUCAUUGACCGACGUGACACUUAUUUUGUUAUCAGAUAUCGCACAGUUUACACGAAAAAGAUUUAGCCGAAGUUUUCCCUCAGUUGUCCUUUUACGAAAGUUUGCUCGUUAUCAUGGCGCGACAUCGACGUCGAAACGUCGUCAUUUCUUCAUUUUGCUCAAAAAACUACAUUAAAAGUCGCUGGGCUGUAACCAGAAAUACGUUAUGGGUGAAGAAACCAAUAUGAAAAACCAGUAGGUUUAGCAGGCUAUGCCUUUAGCUCUUUAGGCUGGCUGAAUACAUUGUUGUAGGGAAAUAAAUAAUCCCUAGUAGGCUUUAAGAACUGUCAAGCACAAUCUACAGCGGAUGAUGUGGGGGAGCCGUGACAUAAGGCAACUGUGCCAACAUCAUGUUUACUGGGUUUGUGUUUUAGGUCGGUAAAUCAACAACUGAUCCAACCAAACUUGGUCCGCUGGGAAAAGACAUCAGUAAACUUUACAAUGAUAUUGCAAAGGACACUAAAGGUGCUGUCAAGACAGUUGGCAACCCAGAGGUAUGCGCUGUAUAGUAGCACUUAUUACAAACCCACAGGACGUAACUAGCAGUGAAUCAACGCGAAUCCGUUAACAAACGUAACGACAAUUGUGUUUAUUAUACGUUGUACUCACUAUCUUUCUUUUCAUUGGCUAAAAGCCUAUAGCUAAUUUCUGAAAUCAGCGCAACCUACAGAUUAGUUAGUUAUCGGCUAGCAGAUAACUGUGUAAUCUGUAGGUUGCGCGCGCAAUGCAUGAUUUCCAAUAACAAUAUCAAUUCAGGUUCCUUGCGACGGUGUGUUUGUCGUCAUUUUCUUCAAAGCAAUGUAUAAUAUAACAAUUAUAAGAUUCGGUUUUUGUAAUAUCCUAAAUAAUUACGGUCUUGGUAAGUGUUAUCAGCCUCGACCUUCGGCUCGGCUGAUAUAAACACUUUCCUCGACGUUGAUUAUUCCAGAUAUCACAAAACCUCAUCCAAUAACUGUUUAUCAUUAGUGUACCGUAGCUGUAAUGCUUAAAUGUGCAUGGCGGCGUUUACAAACAGACGGGCUUGUCCUAAGGUACCGCCUUGAGACCUGUAGAUGGACAAGGUGAACAUAUUAAAUACCUAUUUCCGAUAUCGUGCGUGGAAGAAGUUUUUUUUCCAUGAUUUGCGUGGGGUUUCUAAUAAUAAGCUACUCACGGGUUUUCCAUCUUCUCUGAAAUGAAUGGUGGGUAACGUGUUGGGGAAUUAUGUUGUUUCAGAUUGCGCAUCGUAUUCGCACUGGUGUACAAGGUUUGGGCGAGGCGUGCAUCAGCUUGAUUCAGAGUGGAGGAGCUGUGCAGAGCAGUCCCAAGGAUCCCUUCUCUAAACGAGAACUCGCUGAAAACUGCCGACAUAUGGCAGAAAAGGUAACUUGUGACAGUUGUUAAUGACAAAAAAAGGGUUCAGCGAAGAGUUUUACGGAGCAAACUUCUUCCUCAAUCGAGUGAACGAGCUUAUCGGUUACGUGAUCGCUCAUCGCGUGUCCAUUGUGAAGCUCCCUAUACAACAUGAGCAGACAACGUCGAAUUAUUUUGCUGUGCAAAACUCUUUACUUUGAAAAGAGAAGCGUACAUUGUUGCGUUCCUUGUUGUAGAGUUUUAUUUAAGACAAACCUCCGCGAAAGUGAAUGAUCGUGUUGACGGUUUUCGUCAUAUUGUGCUCGGAAAUAUGUAAGUAUCAUUUGGUUUUCUUGUUUCGAUUGACUGAAAGGCAAAAAGUGCAAGAGAGUCAGUUUCUCGUUGUGGCACAGAACCCAUGAAACUUGAUGGCGACACUUAAUCAAAACUCGCUCACUACAAGAGGUCACAAGAAUGUCACUCUGUUUUUGUACAACGCGAAAUAGAAAUGUCAGCACGAAUUUUAAAGGGGCUGUGUCACGGAGUGCAGUUCAUUUUGUUUAAUUUUGCCAAUUACUCGCCCUCAAUCGCUAUGGAACUUAAAGUAAGCAAUGAAAUUACACUUAAAUGACAAAAUCAGAGAUCCUAGACAAACAAAUAUGUCUCCUGAGCAUUAUUUUUGAAGUUGCAAGCAGCAGGGAUCAACUUUGAAAAACUGUUAGGCUGAACAGUUUUAUUGAAAUCCUAAUUUCAAUCCGUUUCAAUCUUCUUCAGUUUUGCCGAUCCGUGACAUCUGUUGUUUCUGUUAUGUUAUUUUAACCUUCCUUUAAAGUUUUAAGCGGUUAUUUUUAUGUAUCUCUUAAUGUAACAGGCAUUUUGUAAUUUCCUAAUUUGGCUGAAUUUCGUGACACAGCUCCUUUAAGAGGCAUAUUGAGUGCUGGUCACUUUGGUCAACAACUUCCAUGCAACUUCAGGUGACUUGUGAAGACGAGGGACCAUGGAUACAUCAAGUUAAUGGCUAUUUUAUUUCAUAUUUUAUCAUUUUGCUUCUCAGGUUUCUCAUCUCCUCGCGGCUCUCCAACAAGGCUCACGUGGAACCCAGGCUUGCAUCAACGCAGCGAGCGCGGUACAAGGAAUAGUAGGGGACCUGGACACUACUGUGAUGUUUGCGGCAACUGGUACGCUGCAUCCAGAGACAGAAGGCGACACAUUUGGAGAUCACAGGUUUGCUUCAGUUCCCAUUACCCUUAUUUGGGACCUUGACACGGAGCUUUAGCAUCUGCGGCGGCGACGGUAGCGAAAACGUCACGCAACAAAGGAAUACGCGCUGCUUCAAACUACUUCGCUCUUAUUCCAUCUCGUUCAAUUUGUCAUAUUUUGGCGAAUUUUUCUGGAGCAGAAUUCUAAACGUUUUUAUCUAAUUUCCGAAAAAGAAAACGUUAGUCGUUUUCGCGUGUUCACGUCCUAACAAAACGUGAAAUUAGAAAGUUGGUAGUCGUGCGACAACGGUAAAGAAACGUACAAAAAAGCGUGGUUCACGUGAAGAGUUGUUGUUUUGCCAAUCUAAACCUAUGGCUUUUUUGCCGUUGCCGAAGUCGCUGCUAAAGCUCCCUAUCCGACGACGGCUACCACAACGGGGAUAUAGAAACGAUAAGAUUAAUACCCAAAACAUUGUUUCUGCGCGUCCAGUACAGUUUUUGUGUACAUUUCUUUGCCCUCACUGCACGACCUCGAGGUGAAAAUGCCUAAUUUCACGUAUUAUGGAGGACGCAAACAAGCGACGACGAAAUAUAUUCAGUAAGCGAGCUGAAAUAAUCGUGAUGAAAAUUGAAAGAUUUUUAGCGACGGUUUCGCGGCCUUCACCGUCUUCGGAUCUUAAGGGCCCUAGAAAUGCAUUUUUGAACGUGGGUCAUGGUCCUCAGUGAUGGUUCGUGAUUCAACAUAGAAUGAUUUGAGUAUUUUUUUAUGUUACAGUGUCACCAAGUUACAAACGCUGACCCAAACUUACCUCCUGUCUCAAUUUCGUUGUUAGUAAAGCACUGUGAAGCACAUUUGGUGAAAAACCAUUACCUUCGUUUAUUCAUGGUUAUGGUUAACGUAACUGCUUAAUAUUUCCGUGAGCAUAGCUGAGAGUUUCUUGUAAAAACAGUUAUGUAUAGACGGUUCAUCGUAUACUGUAGUUUUCCAUAAAAUAGCAUAAAAUAGAUUCAUUGCGUUAACCCGGUUAUAUGAUUCUUCUCUUUAUUCAUAGUCCCCGCGGGGGAUGCUGCUGGGUAGCUUGGACUUCGGGCACGAGACUCCGUUAAGCAGGAACGCCUGACAAAGCCCUUGGCCUGCUACACCGGUUAUUUUUUUACAUGCCACGUGAGGUUCUCCCCACGUGCGUCCUCGAAUAUUUUGUAUUCGUUCUAACUAAACCGGAGCCUGCUACGCCGGUUACUCGUCUGCGUGGGAGGCUACCAGUGAUGCAGCGCGAUUUUGCUUUCGAAAACUGAUUCGAACGCUCGCAUUUAAAAAAAUAAUUUUAAAAAUCGACAUUGCGUAAGAUAGCCAGUUCAAAAAGCUUUAAUUUGAUAUAGUUGGGUAGGCUUUGAGGUAUUGCGGGCAGUUUAACCGGAACGGGCUACAAGACACCCCUGAAAUCCGGUAACCUUAAAACUGCAUUCCAUCCCACUGACUAAAGCAAAAACUAACAAAACUGCAACAAACAAUAUUUUACUUAUCUGGCAUUAUUUGUGAUCCCUGUAGAGAGGCUAUCCUUCGAACAGCUAAGACUCUGGUAGAAGACACCAAGAACCUUGUCUCAGCAGCACAGGCAUCCCAAGAUGUGCUGGCUUCGGCUGCCCAGUCUGCAGUUGGUUCAGUUUCUAAUUUAGCUGACAAUGUCAAGUUAGGAGCCAUUGCUCUUGGGUCCGAUGAUAGUGAUGCUCAGGUAUAAAUCUCAUUGUCAGUGUCAAAAUACUCUAGUACAUAGGUUUGUUUAUGUAACAAUUUGGCCAGAGUUGUUCAAAAGGUGGAUAGGGGUUGAUUUCCACUGUCGCGUAAUUUUUCCGUGCGACCGCACGUAAAAUGUACGUGUGUCAGUGAAGUAGAGGCAAUGUAUGGAAGGCUACGCGUAAACGUAAAAGUUGAGCGAGGUUCAACUUUUACGUUUACGCGUGACCUACCAUACUUUGCGUUUAUUUUUGUACUCGUGUAAAAUUUACGUGCAUUCGCACGGAAAAAUUUCGCGAUAGUGAAAAUCCACCUUAACGCUAUUCACUUAAUAAAUCUCUAUCCAGUGGAUAGUGCAACUGGUUUACCCAACACUUAUGCUGGUUAGCGAUUUAUCCGGUGGAUAGCGCUAUCCAGCGUUUGAAGAAGCAGGCCUGUUGUGGAAUUCCUUUCUGCGUUGAAAACAGUAGUAGUAUUGUUAGUGUUACGGACAGAUGGAAUCACCUGUUGACGUGUAACAAACGUUUGAAAACACAACAAUGCCCACACUACAAAACAAAAGCGAACCAGUAAUAGUUUUCGCAACUCCAAGAAAUUCCCGAAAACACUGCUGAAUGCUUAUACCUGGCCUGUAAAGUGCCGAAUUGAGUAGGCCCCCACAAUUCCUUCACUAAUUUGUUUGUUUGUUUUUUCUUUUCUUUUCUUUUUCUUUUUCAUUUUUUUUUUACCAGCAAAUGUUAUUGAACGCUGCUAAAGACGUAGCAUCUGCCUUAGGUGCGUUGAUUAACGCCACCAAGAAUGCUUCUGGUAAGCCCACCAAUGAUCCAGCCACAGAGGUGCUCAAGACAACUGGAAAGGUGAAAGAUAAUUUAUCUUGUUAUCGAUAGUUACGAUGCGUUUUGUGAUCUGUUAGUCAUGUGGUGUUGUCAUGCCCUGUUAUGAUAUGUCAUGUCAUGUUUCUGUAUGCCAUGGGUUUAUUUUUCAGACUAUGGUCGCAAGCGUGUCUUCCCUUCUCAAAACUGUGAAAAGCGUGGAGGAUAAAGCCCUACGUGGCACCAGGGCGUUAGAGUCUACUAUAGAUGCCGUCAAACAGGCUGUUCUUGUAAGUUGGAUAGUUUGAACAACGUAUAAUUUUUUGCUUGUUUCAGUUUUGUAAGGUUAGUGGCAGUAGAAUGGGCGUUUUGUAAUAGUUGGUCACGCGAUCAGCCACCUGUAAACACGACAACAAUUCGCUUUUAAAAAAUGAUAUAAGCAGGAACUGAAAGAACUGUAAAUUUUCAGCUGUAUAUAAAAAUGAGCGAUGACUACGGCCGCCAAAAAUUAGAAGAAUUUGUUUGGGUAAAAUAACUCUCGUCGCGACUGAGUAGUUUUCCAAACAAUGCCUUGUAAAUUUUAAAAUAUUGAAACUGUCGUAAAAUCUUUCCCUUACGCAGUUCAGGGCUCAAAUUGUCUGUUUUGAACAAAAGAAAAUUUGAACCCCGUAAUACCUAGGAGAAAUAUUUUACGACAGUUUGAAAAUUUCAAAAUUUACAAGGAUUUGUAUGGAAAACCUCUUAGCUGUGACUGGGUGGUAAAAGUUUUUUUUCCCCAGGCAAAUCCGUCUAAUUUUUGGCUGCCGUUGCAAUCGCUACGGAACAGAAUCAAUAGUUUCGCGUUCCAAAACUGGUUUAAGAAAUGAAGUUAAGCCUUUUCUCCUGGCUCCGUUUUUAGGUUGUCCAAAAUCCCUCCAUGCCUGUUCGUGAUGCCACACCUGAAGAGCUUAUAAGAAGCACCAAAGAUGUAACCUUGGCAACGGCUAAAGCAGUAGCUGCUGGGAAUUCUUGUCAACAAGACGACAUCAUUACAGCUGCAAACAUGGGCCGCAAAGCAGUUACUGAGAUGCUGAUCAUCUGCAAGGUAAUUCAAAACUACAAUGUAAUAAAGUUUUUUUGGAUUGUAACGUGGCUUAAAACUACAUUCAUGGACAAAAGUCUUGGGACACUUGUAUUUCUGGGGCGUUUUCCAAUUCACACAGGUCCAUCCCCUCCCCUCACCCCACAAACAAUGUUAGACGCGUAUAUUUAUAAUUUUUUCCGAGUUUCAACUUUGUAUAGGGUGGGGAGAGGCAGAACUGCAAGAAAUUUUCGAAAAGGCUGCACUGUUUUAAGAGGGAACCGAGAAAUGACCGAAAAAUAUGAAUAUUGCAGUAGUACUGUCCCAAGGACUUUUGUCCAGGAUUGUAGUGUUCACAAGUAACCAUGGUUUUGCAUGUGACUACCUUGUUGUAUGCGCAUGGUGUUACCCGACAUAAAUGUCGUGUUGUAAUAAAUGCGGCAUUGUUGCGUAACGUGAAGGUUACGAGAUUGACCGAUAUCAUUUUGAUUGUUUGUUUAUUAGGCUGCCGCCCACAAGGCAGACAAUAAUGAAGCUAGGACCCAGGCCCUUAGGAGUGGAAUGGAGUGUGGCGCUGCGUUUGGAGAAAUGUUGGAUCUUGUUCAUAAUGUAAGGCUUGUAGAUUCUUGGCUACAAAAAGACGGUAUUAGGAAAAAAAGGUGUUAACGGGUAUCUUAGAAACCAUCACCUUGACGUCCUUGUGCCUCCUAAAAAAUGUUGUAAUAUGUUUUUGUUUUACUUGACGAGUUGAUCUUGAUUUGUUGGGUUCAUCAACAGAUUGUACAGAAACCGACCCAGGAAAAGAAACUAAAGCUAACACCGCAAUCCAAGCUUGUGGCUGACCAUGUUGCUAAACUCGUGCAUUCUGCUGAGGCCUUAAAAGGUACAAAACCAUUCUAGUAGCCUUGAUAAUGGAUGUCAGAGAAAAACUGACAUAAUCUUUCACAUUUAAAAUGUCGUUGCAAUGUCAGAGGAUACAUAAUUCAUGCAAUAAUAAGUUUGUAAGAGAAAAAAACGAGGUUCGGGACCUUCUCAGUGUUAAGCUAUAACUUCGAAUGACGUCGGCCGUGAUUCUCGUCUCUACCUGAGCAAACCCCCCGCAACCCACACCCCACCCCCCACCCCUCGCUAGACUGCGCAAUCUUUUCGUCUUGUGACAACAGUCUUAACUAUAAUACACGAUCCUCAGUUGAGAAUGUAUUGGAAGUACCCAAAUUCCGCUCAAUCUCUGGUCUUCAAACUUUUCAUGUAAGUGGAACUCAUCUUUCGAACAGUUCAUGUGACAAUGCUCUAUUAUAAUUGCACAUAAGAGAAAUUUUAGUAAACUCUUAGCGAACACCAUAUUAGACAGUAUGUCAAAGCCCAUGCCACUGUAUAUUUUAAGUAUUUCAGUAUUUUUUUAUGGGGUUUUCUUUUUGGGCCAUGGUGUAAACUACUGUUUUAACACUAAUUUGUAUUCACCCGAUGAAGGUUCAUUAGUUUAUCUCUCCUCUACCGCCCUUUUACUUCUUCAUUGUUAUUUCUUUCCCCAAGUUAUCCUUGCCUCCUUAAAUGCUCAUCACAGUAUGAUGUACUUGCUUUCAGGUGCCGACUGGGUCAAUCCUGAAGAUCCUAAUGUUAUUGCUGAGAAUGAACUUCUUGGUGCAGCUGCUGCCAUUGAGGCAGCUGCCAGAAAACUGGCCGAGCUAAAACCAAAACCCAGACCCAAGGUACAACAGUCUCUCCUUAUUUUCUUUUACAAUGUUAAGGACCCUUCCUCUUUCUUUGAAUGCUCACAAUAUUGGUUUGGUUAGGUAUGUCACUGUUUAAAAGUUCUAAUAGUCUAUUUAUCAAAGCAAGUGUUCUGUUCCCAGAAUUUAAAUUCUUUAAAGAGAAUUUUUUUGGAAUGCAUUACUAAGUGAAUUCAAUUAAAUUUAUCACUGAUUGGAAUACGCAGCAAAUUUAGUUGGCUUGUCAUUACUGAAGCCCUUUAACUAGCUGUGUUGUCGAAUUGAAACCAAACAAAGCCUAAUGCCUUUAUAGUAAGCCUAAUAUCUUUAUAUUGUCCUCACAAUGAUUAGUUAAACUUGCUUAUUUUGUUUUCAUUUUAUCUUGGUAAGGAGGCAGACGAGUCUCUCAACUUCGAAGAGCAGAUUUUAGAAGCCGCCAAAGCUAUCACGGCCGCAACUGUGGCACUAGUCAAGUCUGCAUCAGUCGCACAAAAGGAAUUAGUGGCAACUGGAAGAGUAAGUUACUUUUAUACCCAAAAUCCUCUAUAAAGCCCUCUCCAGUGACCUAUUAGCCUGCGAAGGCAGACGUAUUUCCGGUCAUCGCUUCGUCGAGUGAAGCGACGACCGGAAAUACGUCUGCGUUCGCAGGCUAGGUACCUAUUUAUUUUAAGCACGUUUAGGGCGGGGGGAUUAUUUAAGAGAUCGGGCUUAUUUGGUUUAGCGAAGGUGAUGGUAUCAGUUUUCCAUAAAAAAAACUAAAACUCAAAUUUGAAAAGCUCAAGUACAUGAAGUUGAAGCUUAUCUAGUCGAAAAUCAAAAACAAAUCCGGACUUCUAGCGUGUCAUUAAACCAUACCGGAUCAGUCCACGUGAAGUGUUACAUUUGCGGUUAAAUAAUACAGCUAUCCUUGAUUUAUUUCGUCGUGAAGAGUGAUAUGUGGGAAGGGGGACGGGAUAUGAUAGAGAAUUCACGGUACUUAAAAUUUCCUUGCGGCUACCUUGCAGUUGAUGAUUUCUUUUCAUGAUGUUAUAUUUAACAAUUAUUCUUUAAAAUCAAGGUGAAUAGUGGCAAAAUAUUCGCGGCUCGGUAAAUAUUCUUAAAGCCACUAUUCACCGAGAUUGAAAAGAAUAAUUGUUUUAGUAUAUACACACGAAGUGAUCUCAACAAAAUCAGAGAGGAAACCAUUUAAAAGUACAAUUUGAUUGACAGAUCAAAUCACGCGUAAGGUUAAGAAUAGAUCUUUGCAGAAUUUUCAAACAUGGCAAUUCACAAGUUUAUCAUUUCGCAAACAACAGCUUAAUGGCUUAAAUGGAAACGCUAAAAGUUUGAACUGUUUCCUUACCUGAGAAGAAAAGUAGAGCUUUGUUGUUUUCUGUUGACACGCCAAGUUUAUAACCAAAAGGGUUUGUUGUGUCGUUCUUCGCGUGAAGUGCUGACAAAAAUGGUGGCUCGGUUGCUCGAGGUAAGACGUCGUCUUCCUGUAUCAUUCUUUUUCCUGUUUACUUGAAACGUAGAAUUUCUGCAAACGUUUCCUUUUAAAUUUGUUUGUCAUAAAUGAACUUCGAUUUUUGAGCCCAAAUUUUCUUGUUAGAAAACGCUGAGUUCACGAAACGGCUUCUUAUACGCGAAUGCACGGGAGUUGUAAACAAUCCAUCGAGCACAAAACUCAGCUCCAGUAAAUUGAAAAACGCCGUACAAUAUCGCGUAUUGAAUCCUUCCAAGACUGUACUUGCCUUAAAAAAAGUCAGCCCUAGGAUUUUGUCCACUUUUAAAAGAUCGUUCUCUAAAAAAAUGUGAAAAACACCGAGCUCACACAUUAUCCACUCGCUAGGAGGUGAAUAUUGUUGAAUAGUCCGAGAUAGCGAACCAAUCAGAUUGCUUAAAUCACCAAGAUCACUGAGUGUGUAUAUACUAAUAACAUUUAUCAUGAUAAAUAGUAUAAAUUAUGCCUUGGCAAUGUGGUAACUUAGUCUAUAGUUAAUUAAAAUCCCUGAACUUUUGAUCACUGUAUUUUAGGUGUGUUCUGCGUCCACUGACCCCAAUGAAGAUGGGCAGUGGUCUCAAGGACUGGUCUCUGCGGUAAGUGACAACUACCGUCUGCCUUUUGUUUGGCUUUACACACAACGAGGACGAAUUAGAACUUGUUCAAGUACAGUCCUCGAUCAUUCAUCUCCCGAAAAAUUCGCCUACAUUUUACAAAUCGAGCGAGACUAAAUAAACGCGUUAGAGUAGCAUUAAGCUCUGUAAUAUCUCACAGCAAUAAAGUAUGAAUUGAGAAAGGUCUUUAAACCUAAGUCGCAGAUACAAAUAAUGCACAUUUUUUAUACAUACUGUACAGAGGAAUACUCACCUAAACGCUCUGUCUUAAAUUUGCAUAUCACAUUAAAUAGUGCUUUGUACGGUAUCAACGCACUCGUUGUUUUUGUAUCAGAAAUCUCACUCGUUUACUGCGCCCUCAAGAGGAUAGAGUUGCUCUCGGCUGCGCUUCGAGCACCUCUUACGUCUCUUUCGUGCUCUCCAAACUUCCCGCGUGCUCAAUAUCUCGACAUUGCACGCUGACGCAUUAAGUAGUUGUUAGAUGUAUUUGUUGUCAUAUGAUUUUGUAAAGCACCAGAGUUUGCAGUUAGGGUAGAGAAGGCAAGUUGUUUCCAGUGUUAACCGAAACAUGGUCACGUGUGUUGUAUUGCAGGCGCGGAUGGUAGCAGCAGCCACCACGACAUUGUGUGACGCUGCAAAUGCUGCUGUCCAAGGCAACGCAAGUGAAGAGAGGUUGAUCGCUGGUGCUAAACAAGUAUCUAAUUCUACCGCGCAAUUGCUGCUGGCUUGUAGAGUGAAGGCCGAUUCCAACAGUGAGGCACAGAGGAGACUUCAGGUAUGCACUAUAAGCUAUUUUCGGUUAAUUGCUCCAAGACUCUUAAAAGUGAUAGACAAGAGCGUUCGAAGUACCGUAAAAUUCCGAAAAUAAGUCCCUCCAUGUAUAAGCUCCUCCAAAUAUAAGCCCCCCGAACUCGUAACGCAAAAAACCCUCCGUUAAAUCCCCCCUCCAAAUAUAAACCCCCUUGGGGCUUGUACCUGGAAAUUGCCUUCAAGUACAAAGUAAAACAAAGCAAAAACGGUAAAUUUACUUCCAACUAUAAGGCUAGCCCAAUCGAUUUUGAAACGCAAAUUACCCUCCGUAGGUAAGCCCCUCCAAAUAUAAGCCCCUCUAAAAGGGCCUUUGAAAAAUAAAAGCCCCGGGGCUUAUUUUCGGAAUUUUACGGUGGGCCCCUUUUUACUACUCUUAAGGACGGUGUCUAGCGCAUUUGCCCUCAGUUUAGAUUUCGCUUGUUUGAUGCUAAGGACGCUUUGCAUUUGUCAGAACUGGCCGACCGGAGCAUUACCGGACCAGUCAGUUAGCGAAUGAAAUCAGCUUUUUCCAAGGGUUUUUGCUGAAAAACCAUCUCCUUCGUGCAUACUAUUUAGUAUUUGACUGAUCUAGCUGGAUAGUUUUGAUUAGAAGUGAAAUUCUCGUUAUGACGGGAAUGGUCUGGCCGGUCAGUUCUGACAAAUACAAAAAGCGCCUUAAGUGUUCAUUUACCUCAUUUGGCCAAUUGGACCACAAAAGACGUAAAAAGGUGUCUCAUGAACUUGCGGAGGGUUGAGAGUUUAGAGAUUGUUUGAAUAGGCGAUAUACAUGACAACUCUGUCAGAACCCACAGGCGCAGAUCCACACCGGCUUCCAGCGUUUUACGGAAAUCGGUCAGAUUUUUCAUGAUAAAUAUAUUUUCAACAAAAAUUAAAUAAAACACUUUCCAAAUUCAACUCUGGCCAAUAUCCCGUCCAAAUGACUCGGAAACCGAUGCAGGAAAGAGGACUUAAAGGAGUUAAAAAUCCAAAAACUCCCCCGGGGGAGCCUGCCACUGGACCCCCUAGAAGCUUGCGCCUUCGGCGCUCGUUUAGGAAAUCACUCAGUAUUUAUCCUAGAUCCGCGCCUGACCCACCUCUCACAAUACACACGCAAUCAACGGAACUGUAGAAAUUUUGAGAACAUAUAUAAAUUUAACGAGCUGCGAAAUCUAGUCAAAUUAAUUCGCGGUCAUGGAAUCGAGUAGAGCUUGGCAUAUUUCAGGUUUAGCUUUAGUCGGCACAAUUUCAGAGAAGCUAGUAACCGUCUUUUGCCGAGAAAGGUUGUUUUUGAUGACUAUCUUGUUUGUCUGCAGACCGCUGGCAACGCUGUGAAAAGAGCGGCAGAUAAUUUGGUUACCGCAGCGAAAAACGCCGCCAUUUUUGAAGAACAAGAGACCACAGUCAUCAUUAAUCAGCGUUUUGUUGGGGCAAUGGCACAAGAGCUGGAGGCUCAAGAAAAAAUCCUGCGUAUCGAGAAAGAGCUGGCGGCUGCAAGGAGUAAACUGAGUCAAAUAAGACAGGCCAAAUACAGGGCUGAAGAAGACGAUUAAUGCAAACAUGUCUGAAGUAGAAUGUAGUCGGAGACUACGUCGAAGCAGUUAUUGAAGUUCCAGGAAAGUGUGCAGUCGCUAGCCGGCAGCUUGAAUUUAGGCAAUAAUUGUUACCAAAGAGGAUGUCAACAAAUAGCUAAAAUUUAUAAAGAAUAAGGAGCAACUAAGAAGGCCCAAAUCAGCCUUUCUUGAGUUGUUUGGUUUCUGUGUAUAGUAAGGGUCUCUGUUUCCUUUCAUGUUUUCUAUAAAAAGGCAAUCAAUAUUGGUUCGUUUUGUUAAGUUCAAUGCCAAGGUCUCGUAUUAUUAAAAUGCAGUUGACAAGAAGUUGAAAAAACGAUGAAUUUAGCAGCAUAUUUAGCUGAGUGCCAGCCCGUGGUUUGAGCCCUAAAUUUAGUUACUUGGUAAUAUUUUAUUUUCAAUUAGCAAAAAUUGAGUGUUCAUUCUUCGAACGACUGUUAAGUUUGGGUCACUAAUUGCGGAGAAAGCAUACUAAAAAGACCACAACCCAUCUAAAUUUUUACUAGGAAAGACAUUAGAUAAUGAACUACACGCGAACACUGUGGAUAAUAGUACUUAGUAAACAAAGUAUUUUAUACAAAACAAUGCUACUUAAAUGAAAAUCUGAACAUUACCAACAUAUUGGACGGGCAUGUACGCUUACAGAGAGUUUUAAGUGAUACAGAGCUGAAGAGAAUAAAAACAAUUUUUAGUAAAAGAAUUAAAGUUUUUUUCUGAAG